CCUCCUGCUUGUCUGGGUGGAGAAGCAGUCCGCCCGCCUGUCACUUGUCUCCUGUGUCUCUGUGCGAGCGGUCACCGAGCUCCCCCACCCUCUGUCACAGCGAAGCCAUGGCGGAUCCUGGCGGAGGAGAGGACGGUUCGGCCAACCUGGAGGUGUCUGCCGCGGUGCAGAAUGUGGCGGAUACCUCGGUGCUGCAGAAACACAUCCGAAAGCUGGUCCCCCUGCUGCUGGAAGAUGGCGGCGAGGCCCCGGCCUCCCUGGAGUCCGCCCUGGAGGAGAAGAGCGCCCUGGAGCAGAUGAGGAAGUUCCUGGCUGACCCCCAGAUUCACACCAUCCUGGUGGAGAGGAGCACCCUGAAAGGUGCUCUAACAUGGCUGGCUGAGGGUGGUGUGAAUGGGAGGGGUAGGAAAGGGGUAUGACUCAAGGCUGGGGGUUGUGGGAGUUGUGGUGGGGGAAGAUCUGAUCCUGGGUUGGGGGGAGUUGUGGUGGUGGUGGUGGUGGGGGAGAUCUGAUCCUGGGUUGGGGGUUGUGGUGGUGGUGGGGGGGGAGAUCUGAUCCUGGGUUGGGGAGUUGUGGUGGUGGUGGUGGUGUGGUGGUGGUGGUGGGGGAGAUCUGAUCCUGGGUUGGGGGAGUUGUGGUGGUGGGGGAGAUCUGAUCCUGGGUUGGGGAGUUGUGGUGGUGGUGGGGAGAUCUGAUCCUGGGUUGGGGAGUUGUGGUGGCGGGGGAGAUCUGAUCCUGGGUUGGGGGAGUUGUGGUGGUGGGAGAUCUGAUCCUGGGUUGGGGAGUUGUGGUGGUGGUGGUGGUGGUGAUCUGGGUUGGGGGUUGGUGGUGGUGGUGGUGAUCCUGAUCCUGGGUUGGGGAGUUGUGGUGGUGGUGGUGGUCUGAUCCUGGGUUGGGGAGUUGUGGUGGUGGGGGGAGAUCUGAUCCUGGGUUGGGGAGUUGUGGUGGUGGUCUGAUCCUGGGUUGGGGAGUUGUGGUGGUGGUGGUGGUGGGGAAGAUCUGAUCCUGGGGGUGGUGGUGGGGAGAUCUGAUCCUGGGUUGGGGGGAGUUGUGGUGGGGGGGAGAUCUGAUCCUGGGUUGGGGGGAGUUAGUGGGGGGAUAGACUCCGAAUUGCAUUGCUGCCCAUUAGUUUUGGGGAGUUGCAAUGGAGAGGAUCAGGUUGCGGGUAGUGGGAGUUAAGGUGAAACAGAAACUUUAAAACGUUUGAAAUAUAAUUACGGUCUAUGGGUUCUGAGAGUUGUACUGGGUAGGAGUACCCUGGAAGGUGUCCUAAAAUGGCAAGAUGAGAGUUGUGUGGUGAAGACAAAAGCAGCAUAUUUGUUAUAUAAUUGCUGGCCAAGGGUUCUGAGAGCUGUAGUGCUCAGUAGCACCUUUCAUGUUUGUCACAUUGUGGAUGUCAGUUGUAACAUAACUAUAACUCUCCCACAAUAAUAUGGAAUACAGAAUACCUGGCUACCUGCCUAUAAAUAUUGUAUUCUUUUAACCCCUUAAGGACCAAACUUCUGGAAUAAAAGGGAAUCAUGACAUGUCACACAUGUCAUGUGUCCUUAAGGGGUUAAAAAGACACUGUUGUUUGAUACCCAUCACCAAACAAAGUAUAAAAAAUUGUUAGAGAACUGGUUCCAGGGGCUGAUCUAACAUAAACCUAUUACAUGUUCUGCCAGAAUUACGUACUAUUUAUUCUUGGUUUAUGAGGAGAAGACUAACUCCAGGGGUCAGCUCUUAUGACUGAUCUGUCAUGUGCAAGCAUUGAAUUAUAUAGAUAGAUAGAUUAUCUUCUUAAAGCACGUACAGCACAUUGGUAAUUGUUGACAUUUAGCAUAUUUAGGAGACAAGUAGAGCAAAAUCAGCACGGUUCACUUUUAAUUAAAACCCUAAUAUAACCACUAUACAUUUUCCUUGGAUGAAAACUAGAAACAUGAUUAAGCUGUGGUAGAAAUUAAAUACAUAUUCGGUAUUGAGGCAAGCUAAUCAUAGAUAGAUAAAAUGUGUACUUAAACUCUUAACCAUUUAAGGCUACUAAUGGAUGUUUCUUGUCAGAAAUCCUAUUUUAUUCUGCCUUUUCUUUUAUGCAGUUGCACAGUUUUCCUGCAGACGUAUAUUUUAUAUAUUAAGUUGCGUGUGUUAUGUCAAGUCGCAUUUGAGGACUAGUUUUCUUCCAGACGUUCUUUGUGUAGGGUGUGCCCACACGGACAUAAGACUGCAUUGCAGUGUUUAAUAAUGCAUUUCUGCCCUGUAAUUUGCUGUGCCGACUCCAAUAAAAGAUUUGCUGACUGCUAUAAUAUUCAGAUUGUAAACAGAAUAUUUUACAUGGAUAAUUUGAAUUGGUUAAUCUUUACUUUUGUACAGAGGAUGUUGGUGAUGAAGGGGAAGAAGAGCGAGAAUUCAUUUCUUACAAUGUUAACAUUGAUAUUCACUAUGGGCUGAAGUCAAACAGGUAAUGUAUUACCCCCUUUUACCAAAAUAACGAAAACGAUUGUCUCAUGCUACUAGUAUAUUCAUUAAACUGUGGAGGAUGGAUUCAAAUAAAGUUGUCUGUUUACUGUUGCGAGUUAUAAAGUUUAUUUUGUCUUGCCAUUUGUUGGUUUUGUUGCCUCUGUAAUUUUGCCGUUUUUGUCCGUUCUAGUUUGGCAUUUAUCAAACGUACACCAGUCAUUGAUGCUGACAAACCUAUUUCAUCCCAACUGCGAGUUCUUACACUCAGUGAAGAUUCUCCAUAUGAAACAUUGCACUCUUUCAUCAGCAAUGCUGUUGCUCCCUUUUUUAAAUCUUACAUCAAAGAAUCUGGGAAAGCAGACAGGUAAUGUUAUUCUCUUCCUGAUUUAGUUCUCCCUAUCCAUUUGCGUAUUUAUCUAUAUUUGUAAUUUUUAUUGGCAUUUAGAUGGUGCCUACUUAUUCUGCAGCUUUGUGCAUUUAUAUGUUGGGGAUAUCUAAGUGCAAGUAUUGGUCAGAUAAAAGACUGAAAGAGCCUCCUCAAUGACCUUACUAUCUAGAAAUUGCUGACAGAACUGCCUUUUGUGAAAGGAUUGGGGAUAUAGAAAUAUCAAUUUUCUUCAUCUUUAGGGAUGGUGACAAAAUGGCUCCCUCUGUUGAAAAGAAGAUUGCUGAAUUGGAAAUGGGACUUUUACACUUACAACAGAACAUUGAAAUCCCAGAGAUUAGUUUACUGAUACAUCCAAAUAUCACUAAUGUCGCUAAACAAUGCUAUGAAAGGGGAGAAAAGCCCAAGGUCACAGAUUUCGGUGACAAAGUGGAGGAUCCUACAUUCCUUAAUCAGCUGCAGUCUGGUGUUAAUCGUUGGAUCAGAGAAAUACAAAAGGUAUAGUUCAACCUCGUAUUGUUUUCAUUUGCUAAAACUGUAUACACCUAGGAUAGGAAAUGGUAUGCCAACCCUGCACUGCGUCUGGUGUUAAAAUGUUUGUGGAAUUUAUAAGAUACUGAAAUAUUUACUUCAAGCUGUUGCAGUAGUUAAUAAUCGAAUCCACCAGGCCCCUAGCAGGAGGUAGAAUGUGGCAGACAUCUCGGUGCAGCAGAAACACAAUUGAAAGGUGGUCUCCCUCCUGCUGAAAGAUGGGCGUGCGGCCCCAGAAAUCCUCCCUUAGGGCUCUAAUUUAACCAGACCCAUUGAUAUGGUGAUAUCAAAAUGUAGUCUGUCAGUGAUCCUUAAAGGCUGGUUGAAAAAUACCUAAAUAAUGACUAAAUACUUCCAUGGAGUUGGACAUCUUAAUUCUUCAGGUGUUUUACACUUAAGGUAUUUGUGCAAUCAUUAACCAAAAGUGAAUGCAAAAAUUUUAUUUUAUUCAUAUAUUUACAAUUUAUCUUUGGCAUGCCAACAUAAACUUUACAACCUAAAUUUCAUUAUUUUUUAGGUCACCAAACUUGAUCGCGAUCCAGCAUCUGGUACUGCUUUGCAAGAGAUCAGUUUUUGGCUUAAUUUAGAGCGAGCCUUAUACCGCAUUCAAGAGAAAAGGGAGAGUCCAGAGGUUCUCUUAACUUUGGAUAUAUUAAAGCAUGGCAAACGUUUCCAUGCCACAGUGAGCUUUGAUACAGACACAGGUAAAUGUGGGAUUACUGACAUUAACAAAUCUUUUUAACAUCUGUAUCUACAUCUUGAUGUGGGACUUUAAUAUACAUUAAUCAAUUCGUAGGUCUGAAGCAAGCACUGGAAACGGUCAAUGAUUACAACCCUCUAAUGAAAGACUUCCCUUUGAAUGAUCUCUUGUCUGCCACUGAACUUGACAAAAUUAGGCAAGCACUUGUUGCAAUCUUCACUCAUCUCCGAAAAAUCAGGAACACAAAAUAUCCGAUUCAGCGGGCCCUGCGACUCGUAGAAGCCAUAUCAAGAGACCUCAGUUCUCAGCUUCUCAAAGUUCUGGGGACAAGGAAACUCAUGCAUGUGGCAUAUGAAGAAUUUGAAAAGGUGCGUUGUAAAAUCAGUUUUUCUUUAACUUUGAAUAGUCCUAAUUAGGAAUGACAUUUAGAAUUAACAGAAAAUUAACAUAUCUAUCUUGGAAAGCUAAAAAUAAAGCACAUGGAAAGCAUAAAUGGCUAGUCUUUGAAGAAUGUAAUCGGAACUAUUUCUGAGGACAAUUUAAAAGUAAAAGCACUCUUCAAGCACAAUAACCACCACAGCUUAUUGUUUUGGCAAUUAUGCCACGAGCCUGUGUGCGCUGUCUCUCAAGUGUUUGAUUAAGAGUUGCUUAUUUAUUUUGUUGUUUUCUGGUGUUACUUCACUUAAUAAAACAGUGUUGGGCCUUGCGGUGUUUCAAAGUUCAUAUUGAAAGGUUUGUUUUUUUUGAUACAGGUCAUGGUUGCCUGUUUUGAGGUUUUCCAAACUUGGGAUGAUGAAUAUGAGAAACUCCAGGUCCUACUGAGGGACAUUGUCAAAAGAAAGCGGGAAGAAAAUUUAAAAAUGGUCUGGAGAAUUAAUCCAGCUCACCGCAAGCUGCAGUCUCGUUUGGACCAGAUGAGAAAAUUCAGACGUCAGCAUGAACAACUACGGGCUGUCAUUGUCCGUGUCCUUAGACCCCAGGUAAGUUUUUUUUUUUUUUUACAGAGGUGGCCAAUUGCUACCUUUCAUUAACCAUUAAAACAUGUGGUAGAACAUCUCCAUAUAUGAUUCAUGGAGUAUUCUCCUAUUUUGCAGGUCACUGCUGUUGCUCAACAAAAUCAAGGAGAAGUUCCUGAACCCCAGGAUUUAAAAGUAACAGAAGUCCUCUUUGAUGCUGCUGAUGCUAAUGCAAUUGAGGAGGUGAAUCUUGCAUAUGAGAAUGUCAAGGAGGUGGAUGGUUUAGAUGUUUCAAAAGAAGGGACGGAAGCCUGGGAAGCAGCUCUGAAGAGAUACGAUGAGAGAAUAGAUAGAGUGGAGACGAGAAUUACUGCUAGACUUCGAGAUCAGCUAGGUACAGCAAAGAAUGCCAAUGAAAUGUUCAGAAUCUUCUCACGAUUCAAUGCCCUCUUUGUCAGACCACACAUCAGAGGUGCCAUCCGUGAAUAUCAAACUCAACUUAUCCAACGUGUAAAGGAUGACAUUGAAUCUCUUCAUGACAAAUUCAAAGUGCAGUACCCUCAAAGUCAAGCAUGCAAGAUGAGCCAUGUUCGCGACUUGCCUCCAGUCUCUGGCUCCAUUAUCUGGGCCAAGCAGAUUGACCGGCAGCUCACUGCCUACAUGAAACGUGUGGAAGAUGUUCUUGGCAAAGGCUGGGAGAACCACGUGGAAGGGCAGAAACUAAAACAAGACGGAGACAGCUUUCGCAUGAAACUUAAUACUCAAGAAAUCUUUGACGAUUGGGCAAGGAAAGUUCAACAACGUAACCUUGGUGUGUCUGGGCGCAUUUUUACCAUUGAAAGCACACGAGCCAGAGGUCGGACUGGAAAUGUGCUGAAGUUGAAGGUCAACUUUCUGCCUGAAAUCAUAACCCUCUCCAAAGAAGUCAGGAACCUAAAAUGGCUCGGCUUCCGUGUUCCGCUGGCAAUUGUUAACAAAGCUCACCAGGCGAAUCAGCUUUAUCCUUUUGCAAUCUCUCUGAUUGAGAGUGUACGUACGUAUGAACGCACUUGUGAGAAAGUCGAAGAGCGUAACAGUAUUAGCUUACUUGUUGCCGGCUUGAAGAAGGAAGUGCAAGCUUUGAUAGCAGAAGGUAUUGCCCUGGUGUGGGAGUCCUACAAACUGGAUCCUUAUGUCCAGCGUUUAGCAGAAACAGUUUUCAACUUUCAAGAAAAGGUAUUUAAACUUUCUUCAUGCUUUUGUUUUGAUAGCAGUUUUUAUUGUAUUGUUUUGUUUUAUUUGCUAUGUUUCUUUACACAGGUUGAUGAUCUUCUCAUCAUCGAAGAAAAAAUAGACUUGGAGGUCAGAUCGUUGGAAACGUGCAUGUAUGAGCACAAAAUAUUCACGGAAAUCUUGAACAGGGUUCAAAAAGCUGUGGAUGAUUUGAACCUUCACUCCUACUCUAACCUGCCCAUCUGGGUUAACAAACUGGACAUGGAGGUAAAAAUAUUUUUUAAAGAUGUAUUCACCUGCUGAAAAUGGAUGCAAAAAUUGUAAUAAACACAAUGAUGUGCCGUAUCAAACGUCAGUACUUGUAUGAUUUGAUCAAAAUAAAUGUUAGAAUUGACGAUUAGCCUUAACUUUUAAGUUUGUUUUGUCAAACUUGUAUUCCUUGUAAUAGAUUUGUCAUUGUGUUUGAUAUUGUAGAUUGAAAGAAUCCUUGGAGUCCGUCUUCAAGCUGGUUUGAAAACAUGGACUCAGGUUCUUAUGGGUCAGUUUGAUGACAAAGCAGAAGUUGAUAUGGACACCGAUGCACCACAACUCAGCCAUAAACCAGGUGGUGAGCCAAAAAUCAAGGUAAGUUUAACUUUACCUAGAGAACAAUUCCCUUUUAUUUCUUCUUGACUAAUCCAUGAACAAACUGUAGCUGAUUUCAUUCUGAACGGUCUUUCUCAUGUGAACACUAUCUCUCUUUAGAGUAGCACCUCUGUAUUACAUUGGAAAUCUUUAACAGAGUAUAAACUGCAUUAUUCCAUCUCAUUAAUGCGGCCAAUGUGGGGUGCCACAUGUUUGUUUAUAAUGCGCCCACUCCUUAAACACUCUGACUCCUUCCCACUAUUUCAGUAGGUGGGCUUUUGGUAAAGUGGGUGUAGGUAGACCACAGUCAAGAUAUUUUUAUGGGGAGGGUUACAUCUAAAAUUUAAAACUUCAGGUUCAGCGCUCAGGGAUCUCCUGGUUCUUUAAAGAGAACAAAUGUUUAGCCACUUUUCUCUUUGCAUAGUUUAAAGUAAAUUAAAAUUAACUGCUUGCGCACGCAAAAUAUUUCUGUAAAUUCAUUGUCAAGUAAUGCUUGCUGUUUGUUAUAUUUUCAGAACAUUGUGCAUGAACUCAGAAUUACCAACCAGGUUAUUUACCUGAACCCACCAAUUGAAGAUUGCAGAUACAAGUUGUUUCAAGAAAUGUUCUCAUGGAAGACGGUGAUUUUAUCGCUUCCCAGAAUUCAGAGUCAAAGAUACCAGGUAAAUGAACUAAUAGCAAAAAGUUGUGUGUUUUUUUGUUUGUUUUUUAAUAAAAAUAAAUAAAAAUUUUUAUAUAUAUAUUAUGCUUUUUUGGUUUAUUUAAAAAAAAAAGAAAAAAAAACCUGACUUGUAUUAUUGGAUUUUUGUUAUCUGAAAUAGGUCGGUGUCCACUAUGAAUUGUCAGAAGAGGAGAAAUAUUACAGAAAUGCAUUAACUCGGAUGCCAGAUGGGCCUGCCGGUCUGGAUGAAGCUUACUCUGCUGUGAUGGGCAUCGUGACUGAAGUUGAGCAGUAUGUCAAGGUGAGAUAAAGAUAAAAGCAUAGAAUGCAACUUAAGUGUUUUAGUAGCGUAACAUAAGCCGCUUCAGAACUGGUGACUUAUUUUGGGCUGUAUCUGUAGAGCUUUAGCUGCCCUUUUUUAUUUGUAUGAUUUAAAUGAUCCAGUAAAGUGGAAAAUGUAUCUCUUGUUCCUGUUAAUUGUCUCAUGAAACAAUAAAACCAUUCAGUGUUUUUCAUUAAAGUAACCGUUUAAGCAGCAUGACCACUAACCACUUGCUGUAAUGGCUAUUGUGCCAGGAGGACCCUGGCACCGCCGCCUCCACUAAAAAUCAAAUGCUGGGCAGCCAGAGGUUCCUUAGCAGGGACACAGCUGACCUUCUCAGCCAGUGACCUAAACCUGGCACUGCAAGACUUCACUCAGGAAGUUUUGUCGCAGACAUUAGAAGUCCAAUGGAGGGGUGUAAGGCCACUCCUUGCACUGCAGCAAUCAAAGUAGUUAUGGUUCUUGGUGUUCCUUUAAAUCAAAACUUAAAAUGUGUAGCUUCACAGCUUUUCCAGUUUUUCAUUAGCUAAAUUAGAUAUGUCUGCAUGUUUUACCCCUUCACUGCCUAAUUGUGUUGUGUAAAUGUUCUCUCUGUAGUAUAGACGUUUUAUUGUGUGUCCGUACUUCUCGUCUUUUUCUCAUUUCGUCAGGUUUCACAAUGGUUUUGUUUGACUUUCCAAAAUAAUUAUAUUAACUUUUUAUCUUUAAACAGGUGUGGUUGCAGUACCAGUGCUUGUGGGAUAUGCAAGCUGAAAAUAUCUAUAAUCGUCUUGGUGAAGAUUUGAAUAAAUGGCAGGCUCUGCUUGUCCAGAUUCGAAAGGCCAGAGGAACAUUCGAUAACGCAGAGACCAGGAAAGAUUUUGGCCCUGUUAUCAUUGAUUAUGGAAAGGUAUGCCUGUUAUACAGUAAAGAACUAGCUAUUGCAACAAUAAAACAAAAAAUGGUGUAAAUGUUCUUAUAGAAACGACUAGUAAACCUUUUUUUUUUUUUUAAUUCACUUUUCUCUCUUUGAACAGGUCCAGUCUAAAGUCAACUUGAAAUAUGAUUCUUGGCAUAAGGAGGUUCUGAGCAAAUUUGGUCAGAUGCUUGGACAAAAUAUGACAGAGUUUCACUCACAGAUCUCUAAGGUAUGAAAUAAAUUGGGUGAUGGUCUGUAUUUCUAUUAUUCUGUGGUUUUGUUUAACCAGUUAAUAAAACUCUAACUUUUUGUUUUCAGUCGCGCCAAGAGCUGGAGCAGCAUUCAGUUGAUACAGCCAGUACUUCGGAUGCGGUGACCUUCAUUACCUACGUCCAGUCUCUGAAAAGAAAAAUCAAGCAGUUUGAGAAACAAGUCGAUGUAAUUAUUCUUUUAUUUACCUCACUAUUUUUUUAUGUAUACUUUUUUUGAUUUGAUCAAAAGAGAAGAAAAACCUGUAUAGCCUAAAAAUCGAGUGGAUGAGUCACGUGUUGCAUUCAGUUAGUACUUUUUUCGUUGAUCAUAUUUGUGAUUUAAUACUGCUUUAUUGCUUGAUACUCAUGGGUACUGGGAAGAUUGCAUCAUGCCAAUUUAGAUCAUUUGUGUGUGUGCCAAAACAAAAAAUUCUGUAUCCUUUUAGUACUGGUGUAUAUGCUUACUCUUACUAAAGAGUUUUCUUGCCUACAAUAAAGCUAUUACUUAAAGGGACACUAUAGUCACCAGAACAACUACAGCUUAAUAUAGUUGUUCUGGUGAGUAUAAUAGUUACCUUCAGGUUUUUUUUUUAUGCAGAGAAAAGGCAGUGUUUACAUUGCCUCUAGGGACACCUGCAAGUGGCCACUCCUUAUAUGGCUACUGGAGGUGCUUCCUGGGUCAGUGCUGCCGAAAAAGCAGCCCUGUAGUUCAGCGUCCCUACACUCUGCAUGGAGACAAUGAAUUUUCCUCAUAGAGAUGCAUUGAUCAAUUCGCCCCGCCCCAUGCCGAGUGUUUUCCCUAUGGGAUGGAAAACAUUGGAUUGGCUAAAAAUCGGCCAUUUUGAUGUGACAAAGGGGCAGAGUCAGUGCCGGCGGACCUGCGCAGCGCUGGAAAUAAGGUGAGUUUUAAACUUUUAUAGGGUGGCGAGGGGUAGGGGGGGGGAGGGUACAAACCACCUAAAUGGUGGGUAAAACACUAUAGGAUCAGGAAUACAUAUUUGUGUUCCUGGCCCUAUAGUGUUCCUUUACUUUAUGAGAGACUGUAAAAUUUCCUAUUUUUAUGUCAGUUUUAUCUGAAGCAGCUAUUCAUGUAUCUUCUGCACUUUCAACAAUUAAAUUUGAAAGUGUUUAUCACUCCUUAACUUUAUUAUUUUUGUCAUCGAAGUCUAAAUGAUGGCUUUGUGUUUUCAUAAUGUCUAAUGUAUUUUUUUACUUUUCUUAUUUUAUUAGCUCUACAGAAAUGGACAGCGCUUGCUUGAAAAACAAAGGUUCCAGUUUCCCUCGUCCUGGUUGUACAUUGACAACAUUGAAGGGGAAUGGGGUGCAUUUAAUGACAUCAUGCGCAGAAAGGAUUCUGCCAUUCAGCAGCAGGUGGCCAACCUGCAGAUGAAAAUUGUCCAGGAAGACCGCGCUGUUGAAAGCCGCACCAUUGAUCUGCUGACGGACUGGGAGAAGACCAAACCAGUGGCUGUAAGAUACUUUCUCUUCUAAAACUGCACAUGCAACAUUACUCAGAAUAAUGUAAUAAUUAAAAAAAUUAAUCAAGGAAACAAACCAGAUAGUUAUUGGCAAUAUACUUUGCGUUUUAUAUAAAAGUAUUUCUGAGUGUGUUCUAAAAAUGUAACCUAAACGUCAUGCUAGUGAAAUCGAUUACUAAUGUCUAGAUUGCGCUUUCCUUGCUGUGUGCUCCUCCGCCUUGUAUGCUAAUCUCAAGCAUACUAGGGUUAUUACAAUCAUUGGCUUUGUGAGAUCACUUGAAUACAAAAUUUAAAUAGAUGGGGACAUUUAUAUUAUUGUAGCACCACAUGUUUUGAAAGAUUUGAGCUGUACAUUUGAGAAUGAAUAGCAAAAAAAAUAUAUUUUCUAGACUUCUAACAAAUCUGUUUAUUUAAUCUUUCAGGGAAGCUUGCGUCCAGAGGAUGCUCUUCAAGCACUCACCAUAUACGAAGGAAAGUUUGGCCGAUUGAAAGAUGAUCGAGAAAAAUGUGCCAAGGCCAAGGAAGCCUUGGAGCUAACAGACACUGGACUCCUGAGCGGCAGUGAAGAACGAGUUCAGGUAAGAAUUUUGGAUAUUAUUUUGGUGCCAUCAUAUCACUAUUUUAGGGGUACUAGAAACUUGCUUCACAUUACUUUGCAUCAUGUGUAGUUCCAUGCCUUAUAAUAUGGUCACUUAUGUCCUGUAAACUAUUUUUUUCUUUCAUUUAGAUUUUUUCGAAUGCCCCAUUACCUCAUCACUUUUAACUUAUUGUAAACUGAUGUUUUCUGUCACCUGUAGGUAGCUCUGGAGGAAUUGCAAGACUUGAAGGGUGUUUGGUCUGAGCUCUCGAAAGUCUGGGAACAGAUUGACCAAAUGAAGGAGCAACCAUGGGUGUCUGUACAACCACGCAAGGUAUUUUCUAGAUAAUAGUUAGGUAGUCCAAAUAUUAAUUUAAAAAUCUUGGCUAAAAUAGAUUUUCCUUAGAUCAAAUAGUCUGUGCUUUGCUUGUUCUCACUGUCCUUCCUCAGGGUGAUCCAAAAAUAUGAAAAGAUAAAACAGAUAAAAGACCAAAUAACGUAAUAUGUUCACUAGGGUACGGCAAAUGUUAGAAGAUGGUAAUGCACUCACAUUUUUUUUGCUUGGAGUCCAGGAUAAUAAAAUUCCAGGAAUUAAAUAAAAUAUAAGGUGUAUUAUAAAGAUGAUUGGCACAAUAAAAAUUGUCCAAAAAAUCUUUAAGUAAAAUACACAAUAAAAAUAACCAUAAAUGCGUUUCGCCUAAAAGGCUUUAUCAAUAUGGAACCAUAGUUGUAAAACCGAACUGUUGACAUAUAAGUAAAUACUGCUUCUCCAAGGGUCCUUUGUCCAGCUCAACGGCUGGACAUACAGCCUAGGAAUUCAGUUUGCACCAUUUUUUUGGGGGGGGGAGAGGCAGGAAGGCUGCAUGUACAAUCACUUGGUUCUGUCUAGGACUUGGGAAAUGUGCUGAAAAUCCACAUUGUCAUCAAAGUGUAAACAUUAUAUCUACAAUUUCCUUCCUGGAUAUGAAUCUUUACAAUUUUGGAUAAUAGUUUAGCUUGGGUACUUGUGUAUUGAGUUAUUUAAAUUGUAUUGCACCAUUUUUACACAAGUGUUUCUCUUAUUUAGCUGAGGCAAAGCUUAGAUGGGCUGUUGAAUCAGUUGAAGAAUUUCCCUGCCCGUCUGAGACAGUACGCGUCCUAUGAGUAUGUUCAGCGACUUCUGAAGGGCUACAUGAAGGUACGUCACUCAAUCUUUUUAUUAGUAAGCUGUUUGUCCCAUAAGGUAAGUUCCAUACAGAGCUUGAAGGGUGUUUAUUUUAAUUUUAUUUUUUUCCCCUCUAUCUGUAAACAGAUAAACAUGUUAGUCAUUGAGCUUAAGUCGGAGGCCCUAAAAGACCGACAUUGGAAACAACUAAUGAAGAGACUUCAUGUGAACUGGGUGGUAUCAGAACUUACCCUGGGACAGAUCUGGGAUGUUGACUUGCAAAGAAAUGAAGCCAUUGUCAAGGAUGUUUUGCUUGUGGCGCAAGGUGAAAUGGCGCUGGAGGAAUUCUUGAAACAGGUACAUUUAUUGUGAGAUGCACCCAGCAGCCUCAUGGAAGUUAUUAAUAAAGCAUAAGGUCUCAGAAAUAACUUUGCCCCUAAAAUUCCUCUUUAAACUCAACCCCCAAUAUCUGUUAAACUCCUAGAUGUAUUAAGACUGAUAAUGAGUUUCUGAAUUAAUUUGAAUGCCUGUAAUGUGUCUUGCAUCCAGAUUCGGGAAGUGUGGAAUGCUUAUGAGCUGGAUUUGGUCAACUAUCAAAACAAAUGCCGCCUGAUUCGUGGCUGGGAUGACCUGUUCAAUAAAGUCAAGGAACAUAUCAACAGCGUCUCUGCCAUGAAGCUUUCUCCUUACUACAAGGUAUUGUAAUUGUCAUUACCGUGCACGUAUUUUAUUAACAUCUUUGUAUUCAGUAUUAGAGAAGUUUGAGCCUUCUCAAACUUGGAUAUCAGGAAAGAUAUACAAUAAAUUCUCUUGAGGGGUCACCUGAUCUAUAUGGUUUUAGGGGUCACUAAUCGCAUCUUCAAACAUUUUGGUGCCCCUCUUGUUAACAUGAUUCAGUCCAUGCACCUACUAAGUAAACAGGAGAGACUCAUAUGGUGGCACUUGCAAACCGAAGCAUUCAAACUGCUACUUAGCAAGUUGCUUCCCACUUCUGUAAAAUUGUAGCUCUUGUUAUCCUUUGUCAUGUGGAUGAUCAAGCAAACUGGUGUACAGAAACAUUGGCUUCUCAGUAAUGCUCCUACAGUUAUUACAUUAACUAAACUUUAAUUUUAAAAACUACAGCUUUGUAUUUGUUUCCCAUCCUUUUUAUCUGAAUUCAGGUUUUCGAAGAAGAUGCUUUGAGCUGGGAAGACAAAUUGAAUCGGAUUAUGGCACUUUUCGAUGUGUGGAUUGAUGUCCAGAGGCGCUGGGUGUACCUGGAAGGCAUUUUUACUGGCAGUGCUGAUAUCAAACACCUUCUUCCUGUUGAAACUCAGCGAUUCCAGAGGUAUUUUGCCCCACCCCCCCCCCAAAAAAAUUGCAUUUUAGUUGAAUUUUAAUUGUAUUUAUUUUUUGAUAACGAACUUUUCCACUUACAGCAUCAGCAUGGAGUUCUUGGCUCUUAUGAAGAAGGUCACCAAAUCUCCCCUGGUCAUGGAUGUGCUGAAUAUACAGGGGGUUCAGAGAUCUCUUGAAAGAUUAGCAGACCUUCUGGGAAAGAUCCAAAAAGCUUUAGGAGAAUAUUUGGAAAGGGAGCGCUCAUCAUUCCCUCGGUAAAGACCAUCUGACUGUUUAACAUGUAGAUCCACACUAAUGCUAAAGUGGAACUAUUGAGGUAGCUUUUAGCAAAUGUUGAUUUAUUACAUUGAUGUGCGUGUGACGUGCAAGCAUACCCAUAAACCUUUUGGGAAGCUCAGGUGAAAUAUUUAGGGAGUAUAGUCCUCUGAAACAAUAUACCAAAUAAUUCUACUUUUUGACUAGCUUACAGAGUAAUAUGCCCCUAUUUUGGGUUGCGGGGGUGGGGGAGGUUUAUUAUUCUAGUAAUAUAUCACAAGGGUACUUCUAGUGCAUCCAAAAUGAGUCUUCAGGCACUCAUUGGGUUCAAGAUGCAAAGAAGUUUAAUUGGAUCAUCCUAUACAGAGUGACAUUUUGUUUUCAACCUUAACAAAGGUCUAUGCUUGGAUGUACUACAUGCAUGGGAUUUGCUGGCCCUGCUUCAGCUAUGCACCCUAUGGCUCCUGGAAUAAGUGUAGACCUUCUUUUCUUUUGUAAAGAAUACUUUUGGUGUGAUCUCAGGUUCCAAGUUUAGUGCGAUUGCUUUUAGUACAUUGGCAAAGUCAUUGUGACCUUUAUAAAUGGUAUGAUGAAAUACCGUUCAAACUAGUAAAUGUAAACUAGUAAAUGAAUAAAUGUCUUUGUUUGGUUUGUUUUUUUUCCUUUUAGAUUUUACUUUGUUGGUGAUGAAGACUUGCUGGAAAUUAUCGGCAACAGCAAAAACGUGGCCAAGCUACAGAAACACUUCAAAAAAAUGUUUGCUGGUGUCUCUAGCAUCAUUUUAAAUGAAGACAGUUCCAUAGUUCUGGGAAUUUCUUCACGAGAAGGCGAAGAGGUACAUAAUAUGAUUCAGUGAUUUCACUCCUAUAGACUGCUGUUAUUAAUGGUGACAUGCCCCCGCAAUGAAAUACAUGCUGUUUAUUUGUUAAACACCAAAUUGGAGUGAGUUGGGAGCUGAAAUUUAAAAAUGUAGGCAAAAAUUGUCAAGUUGUAAUAAUAGCAGGUUUGUUUCAGAUCCGCUAUUUUGGCAAUUUUUUUUUUUCUUUUCAUUUCACUUUAAAGCCAUGUUUAGUAAAUAAAACCUCAAUUUCCUUAAAAUCUUAAUGUCCAUUCUCUACAACUCUAAAUUAUUCUGGAUAUUUUCUUUAAAGGUUCUGUUUAAGACCCCGGUGUCCAUCACAGAGCAUCCCAAAAUCAAUGAGUGGCUUACUUUGGUUGAGAAAGAGAUGAGGGUGACUUUGGCUAAGCUGCUAGCAGAAUCUGUCACAGAAGUUGAGAUCUUUGGAAAGUCCACAUCAAUUGACCCUGCCACCUACAUAUCCUGGAUCGACAAGUAUCAGGUAAGUCUUCUUUAAGUGUUCCGUUUUUUUUUUUUUGUUUGUUUCUCAAACAGUUUUCAUUGUAAGAAAUUUUGUGUUUUACAGAAUUAAACAUGUGUGGUUGACGAGUGUUUUUUUUUUUUUUUCUAUUGUAGGCUCAAUUAGUUGUCCUUUCUGCUCAAAUCGCCUGGUCUGAAAAUGUGGAGAAUGCCCUAACUAACAUAGCCAACGGAGGAGAUGCAAGCGCAAUGCCGGGUGUGCUUGCCAAUGUGGAGGCUACUCUGACUGUCUUGGCAGAUUCCGUGUUAAUGGAACAGCCACCUUUGCGUAGGAGAAAGCUUGAACAUUUGGUAAUGCAUUUCAUAUGCAAAUAGUAAAGUCAUUUAAUCCUUGUACCUUUUUAUUUAUUUUUUUUUAAAGUAAAAAAUAUAUAUAUAUGCUUUUUUUUUUGGUUUGUUUUUUACGGCAAGUAAUUGCGUAACUGUUGGUCAAUAUAUUUUGUUUAUAAUGAUUUCUGCAAAACAAAGUUAAAAUCUUUUACAUACACUUAUCUAAAGGAAUUGCCUACACCUCCUGAGAUUUCUGGGAGGUUGCUAUUCUAUAAAUGGCUCACAGGGAUGCUUUUAGUACCCCCAGAAAGAGGCUUCAGGCACUCACUGGGUUUAAGGCGUAAAUCCGUGUAAUUGGAUCAUCACAUACAUAGCAACGUUUUGACCUUGUUAUGUAACAUUUUUGGUUCUGGACUGGCUUUGUGAUAGUCAGACUAUUGUGUUGUGUGAUAUUUUAAUUCUGUUUAGGAUUCAUGUGCACCCUAUGUUGGGAAUGUUUUCAAUGCCUCUAAGGUGAAAGAGUUGUUUUAACCCAUCUCUUAUAAAUUAGGAAGUAUGAACUUCUGCUUUCCUUCAAUUUAUUUUUAAAUGGUGCACCUUCUGCAUGCUAUUCUUUGCUAGAAAUUCAUUUAACCUCUCUACCUUCUAUUUUCUAAGUGGCUAAUUAUUUUGGCAGUGUGUUUUACAACUGCUCUACCAAUUCUCUAAAGAACUUUUCUUCCUCUUAUACGAUCAUAUUAAUCAUGGUAUACAUUGUUUUAUAGAUCACUGAGCUGGUGCACCAAAGGGACGUUACAAGAACUCUCAUUAAAAACAGGAUUGACAACCCAAAGUCCUUUGAAUGGCUAAGUCAGAUGAGAUUCUACUUUGAUCCUAAACAGACAGAUGUUUUGCAGCAGCUUUCAAUUCAGAUGGCAAAUGCAAAGUUCAAUUACGGCUUUGAAUACCUCGGAGUUCAGGAUAAACUUGUGCAAACUCCUCUCACAGAUCGCUGUUACUUGACAAUGACCCAGGCCCUGGAGGCACGACUUGGAGGAUCUCCAUUUGGUAUGUACUAUAAGAAUACAAUAUUUCUAUGAGGGUGUAAAGAUAGAAACCUUUUAUUUAAAAGUUGAUUCUUUUGGUUUCUAUUGUCUGUACAAUUACUAUAUAUUAUACAGUGUACUACCACUGGAAUGUUCUGUGCUGCUGAAUAAACCUUUUCUCUCUGCAAAUAGGCCCUGCAGGUACUGGGAAAACUGAGUCUGUCAAAGCCUUGGGACACCAGCUUGGCCGCUUUGUGCUGGUCUUCAACUGUGAUGAAACAUUUGACUUUCAGGUAAAAAAUUCACCCCCUUAUCCCGGUUUAUAUUGCAGAGUAGCAAUUCUAGUUUUUUUUUUCUUAUAUGUGCUCUUGUAGAGGUUUGUUUAAUCUCAUUGUCAUUGUCUCUCCUUUCAAGGCGAUGGGUCGAAUUUUUGUGGGUCUGUGUCAGGUCGGUGCCUGGGGCUGUUUUGAUGAGUUCAACAGACUUGAGGAACGUAUGCUGUCUGCAGUUUCUCAACAAGUACAGUGUAUCCAGGAAGCCCUGCGAGAGCAUUCCAAUCCCAACCGUGACAGGAGUACGUAAAAUGUUUGGUUUUUCUCCUGAACAAUAGUGUGGUUAGAGCUCAAGGGUCCCUCGUUUAGUUUCUGCUGUAGAGGUUGAAUAGUUAGGCUUGCAGCUGCAUUUUGAAUGGAACAAGUAUUGCAUUUUAGCUGCAUCUCCAUCAGUCACAUUCGCAAGUGAAUGUGACAGUCGCUCAGAGUGCCCCAACAUGUAAACGAAAAAAAAAAAGCUUAAUCUGAUUCCUAUUUAUUCCUACAAAAUGCCUGGAAGUCUUGAAACGUUCAAACUCAUAAGAUGUUUGUGCACGUCUUCAAGAAUGCUUUGCUCCCAAACCCUUAGCAGAAACUGCUUGCACAAGCUGGAUUGUUAACGAUAAAGGACAGACUUCUGAUUCUGUGUUUCAUAGCAGAGUAGCCGUUCAUUUCAGCUUAUAGUGUGAAUACUUUAUUAAGCAAGUAUGAGCAGACACUGCUUACUAGCCUUAAUGUUUACUGAUCCCUAUUAACAAAAAUAAGCUGCAUUCCUAUGUCUUUAAUAUUUAUAUAUGUUGUAAAAAUGUUUGAUUCAAAUGAGAAGCUUGGAGUUCCCGUUGUGUAACUACAGUUAUACACAAUUCAAUGAUUUUUUUUAUUUUUUUUUCUCUCUAGCACUUACGAUUACUUGUGAACUGCUGAACAAGCAGGUGAAGGUCAGUCCUGAUAUGGCCAUCUUCAUCACAAUGAAUCCUGGAUAUGCUGGUCGAUCCAACUUGCCUGAUAACUUAAAGAAGCUGUUCCGAAGCUUGGCCAUGACAAAGCCUGACCGCCAAUUGAUAGCACAGGUCAUGUUGUACUCCCAGGGCUUCAGGACUGCAGAAGUGCUUGCCAACAAGAUUGUCCCAUUCUUCAAGUGAGUUUCUAUGAGGGCCCCUCCUUUUUGUAUUAAUAUGCUGGCUUUAAUGUUUUCUCGUAUAUCACGGAGGAUGGUAUUAACUCCAUGUAUCUCUGAGCAGCGCUUAGUUUAGUAAACUCUGCACCCAUAUUUGUUCUUUGUAUUUCAUCUGUCUUAUUCCCCUUUGCCUGGUAAGCAGGACUCUCAGAAACUACUUGUUCUGUAAAGUGCAUUAGUUUACUUUAAAUGGUAUUAAAAUAUAAAUUUUUGUCCCUCCAGGCUGUGUGAUGAGCAGCUUUCUUCUCAGAGCCAUUAUGAUUUUGGUCUGAGAGCUCUGAAGAGUGUCUUGGUCAGUGCUGGCAACGUGAAACGAGAGAGAAUCCAGAAGAUCAAGAGGGAAAAAGAGGAACGUGGAGAAUUUGCAGUGGAGGGGCAAGUUGCUGAGCACUUGCCAGAGCAAGAAGUAAGAUCAUUUAUCUUUUAGGUUUGUUAAUUAUUCUAGAGAGAGAGAAUCCCAGACAUUCUCGAUUCCCUGUAAUGAUUCUUUAAUGUUAUGUAAUUUUGUUUGUUUAUUUGUACAUAACUGUACUCUUUCGUUGUUGAUCCAUAUUAUUAUUAUUAUUAUUUUUUUUUCCCCUUAGAUUUUGAUCCAAAGUGUUUGUGAAACAAUGGUGCCAAAACUGGUUGCCGAAGAUAUUCCUCUGCUGUUCAGUCUUUUGUCUGAUGUUUUCCCUGGCGUCCAAUACCAGAGGGGUGAAAUGACAGCCCUUCGGGAAGAGCUGAAGAAAGUAUGCCAGGAAAUGUACCUCACGUACGGUGAUGGAGAAGAAGUUGGUGGCAUGUGGGUGGAGAAGGUAAAGUGCAAUUUAUUUUCUCUCACAUUCAAACUGGACGAUGAUGGAUGUUCUCAAAGAUUUUUUUUAAAUUUAUUUUCUCACCUUAUAGGUACUACAACUGUAUCAAAUCACACAAAUCAACCAUGGUUUGAUGAUGGUGGGUCCAUCUGGAAGUGGCAAGACAAUGGCUUGGAGAGUCUUGUUGAAAGCUUUGGAAAGAUUGGAAGGGGUUGAAGGGGUUUCCCACAUCAUCGAUCCCAAAGCGAUCAGUAAAGACCAUCUAUAUGGCACAUUGGACCCAAACACCCGAGAAUGGACUGAUGGGUUGUUUACACAUGUUCUCAGGAAGUAUGUCCUUCUGUAACGUCAUUUUUUUUUAUUUUUUUCUAACUAUGUAUAAAAGGUCAUUUGAGAAUGCCAUAGGGUUUUAUCUGUCUCACUGCAUACUUAGUGUUUGUACACUACAGAAACACUCCUUGCUAACAGAAAACACACACCAUGUCAAUGCAAACUUCAGUUCAUGGCUCUUAACAAGAUGUUACUUAUCACCUAUAUUUGUGAUCGGUAACCUUUUUAAACAUUUUACAAACUAAACAUUAAAGCUGUUUAGCAUUGUAAGACUUUGAAUAAUCUCUGGAAGUUCUCUAAAUUUAAAAACGUUCAUAAACUUGAGAAUGAAUUACCCCUCACUCUGUUCCCUCUUUAGGAUUAUAGACAAUGUCAGAGGUGAACUACAGAAACGACAGUGGAUUAUAUUCGAUGGUGAUGUAGAUCCAGAGUGGGUAGAAAACUUGAAUUCUGUUCUGGAUGAUAACAAACUUCUAACUCUUCCCAAUGGAGAACGUCUCAGCCUCCCACCAAAUGUAAAUAUAUGAAUUGGCAAACUUUUUUUGCAUUGUUCAGCUAUUUUUGCUCAGCGUUCCAACAUUGAUUUUUAUUUUUUAGGUGCGUAUUAUGUUUGAAGUACAAGAUCUGAAGUAUGCUACUUUGGCCACGGUAUCCAGAUGUGGCAUGGUCUGGUUCAGUGAGGAUGUCUUAAGUACAGACAUGAUCUUCAACCACUUCCUGGCCAGAAUGCGCAGUAUCCCUCUGGAUGAGGGAGAAGAUGAGGCCCAGAGAAUGAGAAAGGGCAAAGAAGAUGAAGAAGAAUCUUCCUCCCCAAUGCUUCAGGUACAAAAAAACUUAAAGGUAAACAAAGAUGGUCUAGGAAAGUGUAGUGGGAAUUCGAGUUACAGAUUCAAAUCUGUGCUGACCCAAAAAAGAAAAAUCUUCUUCUAUAAUAAAUACACACCCUUUGGCACUCAUUAAAGGGGCCCGGUCACUUACUCCAAAAUGAGUAUGAGUAAGGGACUACUUUGUUUUGGUAUAUUCCCUACACUUGACAAAACUUCACGGAUGUCUCACCUAUGGUCGUCAAGUUCUGUCAUUUCCCCCGGCUGUCACUAGUGACGGCUUUAGAGAAAAGGCAUGAGCUAAAGUACAACACUAACAUGCACUCUUGGCAGAUGAAGUGCCAGGAACUGUAGAGGACCAACUGGAUGAAUAUGGCAGUGGCCAAUAGGGACGGGUUCAGGUAAAUAAAAGUUGCCUAUCUCUGCAUAUCAAUCAGAGCAGCCACCAUUGGGGUUCUUUAUAUAAUACGCAAAGAUCUGAGCGGCUUUAAUGUGAAUGGAUGGGGCUAUAGUAAUAUUAUAGAAGGCAUCCAGCUAGCAACUAUAUUUAGAUGCUUUACAUACAGGGUGCACUUAUUCAGGGAGUACAAUAAAUGUGUGUUACAUGCCCCUACUUAAAUUAGAGGAAUUUCAAUGUGUUUUCUUCCUUCUGGAAUAAUUUAUAAAUAAGUUGCCCCCUACUGGUCAUAUAUGGUACUGAAGGCAAAUUGACAGUCUCCCUUGAUUGCAUGCAGGUGGAGGUACUGCACAUGGGGAGAGCCUUUCCCCAUAAUUUUUUUUAAUUUUUUUAUUUUUUGUUUGCCACAGAUCCAGAGGGAUGCUGCAACUGUCUUGCAGCCAUAUUUCACUUCGAAUGGACUGGUCAUCAAAGCUCUUGAGCAUGCUUUCAAGCUGGAGCACAUCAUGGAUCUAACACGUCUACGCUGCCUGGGAUCUCUCUUCUCCAUGUUGCACCAGGCUUGCCGCAACAUUGCCCAGUACAAUAACAACCAUCCUGAUUUUCCAAUGCCAAUUGACCAGCUAGAACGCUACAUACAGGUAACUGCAUGUGAAACAAAACAAAAACAUUUCUCUGUUAAGUUUGGUGGAAAAUUGUUUUGAAUUCUAGACUAUGUCUAUUUUUGUUUUCAUUGACGUUUAAUUGUGUUUUUGUCUUUUCAGCGUUACCUCAUUUAUGCUGUUCUUUGGUCAUUUUCUGGUGACGGCCGUCUGAAAAUGAGGGCUGAACUGGGUGAAUACAUCCGAAGGAUAACCACCAUACCCCUUCCAAUUGCACCCAACAUCCCAAUCAUUGAUUACGAGGUAUCACAUAGUAUCUCUUUUUAAUCUUUUCCCCAUUAAGAGUGACCUUGAUUAGAUAAAUUAUUUUUUUUUAUUUUUGGGUGAGUGGGUGUAAGCUUUAAUAUUGCUUCUCAGAUCCAAAUUUACUAUGUGUUCUAAAAUAGUUUGUGUAGGCAACUUACUAAUUGACAUGCUUACGGUAAUCUUUCAGGUAUCUAUCAGUGGUGAAUGGGUGCCUUGGCAAGCCAAAGUCCCUCAGAUCGAAGUGGAAACCCACAAGGUUGCUGCCCCCGAUGUUGUCGUGCCGACUCUGGAUACAGUUCGUCAUGAAGCUUUGCUGUACACAUGGCUGGCAGAACACAAACCACUAGUCCUCUGUGGUCCUCCUGGAUCUGGAAAAACCAUGACUCUGUUUAGUGCGUUGAGAGCACUCCCUGAUAUGGAGGUAAACUUGCCGUCCUAUUAUGUCCAAUCCCAUGCAUUCAAUUUUACGCAUUUAUUUUUUAUUUUUUAUUUUUUUGUAUUCACUCCAGGAAGGGGCUUUUGAGAAACCUCCUGAAAACAUGACCUGGGUUAUUGUGUGUUCAUACAUUUUUCACCAUGUUACAAAAUGGUUAUACACCCUUGAGAAUGUUGCUCUUUUUGCUGUUAAUGCAGCAAUACCUUUAAGCUGAAUGGCAGAAUUGUGGGAAAUGCAUGUUCUGGUGUAAAUCUUUUCUUAUUUAUUUUUUUUUUACUCAUUAACAAACCAAUUGUGGCAUUUCUUUAGACUAUAAAUGCAUUGUAUAUUUGUUUUUGGCAAUUGUAAUAUUAACUCUGAUUAUUUAAGUCAAAGCUAGAAUGAAGUAGAUUUUUUUUCCCCUCUCUCUCAAUAUCCAUAUUGUCAUAGGUUCGCUCUCUCUUUCAUUUGAAUUCCUGUGUUGUGUAGGGCAUACUAUAUGAUCGUGCAUGUACACUAGCUCUGCUAGACAUGUAUUCAUUAUCACCACUUUACUUGCAGGUCGUUGGAUUGAACUUCUCCAGUGCCACCACACCAGAACUUCUCCUUAAAACCUUUGAUCACUACUGUGAAUACCGCCGAACACCAAACGGUGUAGUUCUGGCACCUGUUCAACUUGGGAAAUGGUUGGUGCUCUUCUGCGAUGAAAUAAAUCUUCCGGACAUGGACAAAUAUGGCACACAGAGAGUUAUAUCUUUCAUCAGACAGGUAUCGCACAUUGUUUGGUGCAUUUGCUUGUGGCUGUACCUUGUUCUCCAUUUGUUCUAGGUCAUUAAUUAUUGUAUAUGUUUAAUUUAGAUGGUUGAACAUGGAGGCUUUUACAGGACCUCUGAUCAAACGUGGGUGAAACUGGAAAGGAUUCAGUUUGUUGGUGCUUGUAACCCACCGACCGACCCUGGAAGAAAGCCUCUGUCCCACAGGUAGUGACCAAUUUAGAUUUGUCAUUAACUAAUCCUUUUGAAGCUAUAACUGGUGAUGUUUCAAAACAGUUGUUGUAAAUUUCAUUUAAAGAUAUGAAGGGAAUCAACACAGUAAAGGAGGAGACUAUAUUUAAAAGAAGAAAAACUACCACAACAAGAGGACAUAGUCUUAAUUUAGAGGGACAAAGGUUUAAAAAUAUCAGGAAGUAUUACUUUACUGAGAGGGUAGUGGAUGCAUGGAAUAGCCUUCCAGCUGAAGUGGUAGAGGUUAACACAGUAAAGGAGUUUAAGCAUGUGUGGGAUAGGCAUAAGGCUAUCCUAACUAUAAGAUAAGGCCAGGGACUAAUGAGAGUAUUUAGAAAAUUGAGCAGAAUAGAUGGGGCGAAUGGUUCUUAUCUGCCGUCACAUUCUAUUUUUCUAUGUUUCUAUCUAUGUAAUUACCUAAAAUGAGAUCUCCAUGGCAUAAAUAUUACUUGUGACCUUCGUCUACGAUUAAUACCAAAUUAUAGCGAAACAUCUUUAUUAAAGUUGACCCUUUUCUCCUGGUUAACGCUAAUAAAGCUGUUUCUCUAUAAUUUGACAAUCCUAGAUAAAGGUCACAUGCUGUAUGUAAUAUAUAUAUGCCCAUUGGAAUCUCAUUUUAGCUUGUUUUGCUUGUAGUUUUUUGGUUGUUUAUUUUUAAACCCCACUCAUCAUGAAACAUAGUUUUGCAUUUGUUUGUGUUUUUCCUUGAUCUAUUAAAUGCAUUUAUUGUACCAUGGGAGCUUACACACCCCUUCCAUAAGUAUACUAAAUAUAUUAUUCCACUUUCUAAUAACAUUGUUUUUAAUAACUUUCUGUUUUGUAUUUUAGAUUCUUGCGUCAUGUACCUGUAGUUUAUGUAGAUUAUCCAGGUCCAGCAUCAUUGACUCAGAUCUACGGAACAUUCAACCGCGCAAUGCUGCGACUCAUUCCUUCUCUGCGCACGUACGCAGAGCCUCUGACUGCAGCUAUGGUAGAGUUUUACACAAUGUCACAGGUAUGUUUUAUAAUAUGAAGAAGGGAAUUACUCCAUGAACAGAUGGAGUGGUGGGUUCUAAUUAAGUAAGCAUACUUGUGGAUUUGUUUAUGAAAAAAUAGUUAGAAAUGACAAAUUAUUUUUUGAAUAUGAAUGGUUUAACACGGUUAUUUAAUAUUAGGAGAGGUUUACCCAAGAUACCCAGCCCCAUUACAUCUACUCGCCCCGUGAAAUGACCCGUUGGGUGAGAGGUAUAUUUGAAGCACUGAGACCGCUUGAAACGCUUCCUGUGGAAGGAUUGAUCAGAAUUUGGGCACACGAAGCCCUUCGACUCUUCCAAGACCGGUAUAGAGUGCAUUCUUUCUUAUUUGUGUACAUUGAAGUUGGUUAUUUUUUUUUUUUGCUGCCAUAAACUAUUAAUACACAAUAUUUUGUUUAAAUUAGACUUGUUGAAGAUGAAGAGAGACGCUGGACAGAUGAGAACAUAGACAUUGUGGCUCUGAAACACUUCCCUAACGUGGAGAAGGAAAAAGCAUUGAACAGACCCAUUCUGUACAGCAACUGGCUCUCAAAGGUGCACUAUGUCGUGAUUUGGAUAUUAUUUAUUGCCCCCCCCCCCCAUGAAUAAACAAAACCUUCUUGCAUGUACCGGAGUCAGUUUGCAGUAACAACUCUUUCCUUGUAGGAUUAUAUACCAGUUGAGCAGGAAGAGCUGAGGGAUUAUGUAAAAGCACGUCUGAGAGUCUUUUAUGAAGAAGAGUUGGAUGUGCCACUUGUACUGUUCAAUGAAGUUCUGGAUCAUGUCCUGAGAAUCGAUCGGUAAGAUUAAGAUGGAAUUAACUAUGGAUCAUUUACCAGCAAAAACAGAUAUAAAGUCAUUACAAAUUGUUUGCUACUGUGGAAAUGUAUUCCUCAUACUGAAACCACACCAAAUGAUCUGUGAUCGUCCCCUUUCCACCAGCUUACAGGAAUGUGGGACCUCUCAAUACCCUCUACCUGCUCUGUUGCAAUUUGCAUACCUGAAUAUAGCCGUACACAUUAUCACGUGAAUUAUUAUUCUAUAUUAAUAUGGGACUGUAUUAACUAAAACAAAAGGUGCUUUAAAAUCUAAUCCUAUUCGGAAAUUCUCACCAGCCAUAUACUCUCAAAUCCAAUUUUACGGUUUUAUUUAUAUGAUUUCAUAGCUCUGUUGUAGCUACUUAUGCAUGUAUCAUUAAAUAUUACGUUUUCUGUAAAAUUUAAUAUGCCUAAAGCCACGAAAAUUAACGGUUUAUACCACCAGAAAUUCUUCAUUUCACAUGUCACACCUAUCUAGUCUGCAACGUAUUUAUUUCUGCAAAUUGAUAAACCCUCAAACUUUUUUUUUCUCGUAAAGUAUUUUCAGACAACCACAGGGUCAUUUACUGCUCAUUGGAGUGAGUGGGGCAGGGAAGACUACCCUUUCACGUUUCGUUGCUUGGAUGAAUGGUCUCAGUGUCUAUCAGAUCAAGGUAGUAACAUUUAUGCAGACAAACCAUUUGAUUAUGCUCUGCAAUAAUCAGAGGUAACCAAACUUGUGUGUUUGAAUAAUUCAGGUGCACCGCAAAUACACUGGUGAAGACUUUGACGAAGAUCUAAGAACAGUACUGAGGCGUUCAGGCUGCAAGAACGAAAAGAUUGCUUUCAUCAUGGACGAAUCUAAUGUCUUGGAUUCAGGGUUCCUGGAACGCAUGAACACAUUGUUGGCCAAUGGAGAGGUAAGGUGUUUAUAUAUCCUUUGUAACUAUUGUGAAUGGAAUUCUCGGAUCAGUGUUGACUGCUCUUUUAAUCAUAUCUAGGUUCCAGGUCUGUUUGAGGGUGACGAAUAUUCAACCUUAAUGACACAGUGUAAGGAGGGAGCCCAAAAAGAAGGUUUGAUGCUGGAUUCUCAUGAAGAAUUGUACAAAUGGUUCACUAGCCAAGUUAUACGCAAUCUUCAUGUUGUCUUCACCAUGAAUCCAUCAUCAGAAGGUCUGAAAGAUCGAGCUGCUACAUCUCCAGCUCUCUUUAACAGGCAAGUUUCAAAAGUGUUUAGCACUUAUUGUAUUUGGCGUGGCCUGGAAUGUGUAAAUGUCUGAUAUUGUAGUAAACCCAUUGCAUAACUCUUUUCUGUAUUUUUAAGGUGUGUUUUGAAUUGGUUUGGUGACUGGUCGAAUGAAGCACUCUAUCAAGUCGGCAAGGAGUUCACAAGCAAAAUGGACCUUGAAAAGCCAAACUACAUUGUGCCAGACUACAUGCCUGUGGUUUAUGAUAAAUUGCCGCAGCCACCUUCUCACAGAGAAGCAAUAGUCAACGGCUGUGUGUUUGUCCACCAAACUCUUCAUCAGGUAAAAUUACUUCCUUUCCUUCUCCAAAUAUAAAAAAAAAAUUCCUGUCCUGUGUGAUUGAAAUUGGUAAAGUUAGUAAUGCUGUUGCAAUAAAAAAAUAAUGUGCUUUGGUUAUUUUAUUAUAUGGCUUGCACACAAACAUUCAAUGUGUGUGUUAAUUUUCAGGCCAAUACAAGACUUGCAAAGAGAGGAGGGAGGACCAUGGCCAUUACACCACGUCAUUAUUUGGACUUCAUCAACCACUAUGCCGAUCUGUUCAACGAGAAACGCAGUGAGCUGGAGGAACAGCAGAUGCAUUUGAAUGUUGGUCUGAGAAAAAUCAAAGAAACUGUGGAUCAGGUAUAUACAGUGCACAAAAAAAAAAACAACCCAAAGAUGGGCUUUUCAACAUUAUGGCACAUAAUAAAUCUGUAACUAAGGUUUUUUUUUUUUUUUUUUUUUUUUGUUUAGGUGGAAGAACUGCGUCGGGACCUGCGUAUAAAAAGCCAGGAGCUAGAAGUAAAAAAUGCAGCAGCUAAUGACAAACUAAAGAAAAUGGUGAAAGAUCAACAGGAAGCUGAGAAGAAAAAGGUAACUUGUUUUGUGAUUGGACAUUGAUAUACAAGAUGUUACUCCAAGCAAUAUAACUACGUUAGUUUGCUGAAGUGAUUAUAGUGCAUCGGCUCAGUUGAUUUAAUUCCACCUUCAGCUCCUGUCAAUCAUCUAUCCAUAAAAAUAGAUCCAGGCUGUCACACCGAUUGUAUCCAACCUUUCUAUGCGGCUUCAACAUGCUGUAGGCACAAAUUGGCCCUUCUAUGGGGCCAUGCCAAACCACAGGCCAUGGCUCUGUCAAGCGCAAACGAACAACCGUGAUUAAUCCUCCAUUACUUCUCGGUUGCUCGGCUAUAAAUUAUAACGGUUUCAAAUUUGCUGAAUGUUGAUUAAAGCGCACAAAUUAACACUUGUUCCAAACUGCAAAGGUCACUCAGAGUGCUCCGAUUACAGCAAAAGGCAUUUCUACAGUAUUACAAAAAUUUGCCUGUAUUUUUUUAAAAGUUAACAAAAUAUCCCAGAGAAAAGGAGGCACGCUUUGGCUUAAAAUUGAUGGACUGGUAGAAACUUCUUGUGGCACUGGUUAUGAUCAAUGCCCAAAUGUUGAGUGGAACUGCUUUUUGGUCUGAAUUACUUAUCCUGUAAGCCUCUGCUGGGGAAGAGAUUUAUGGGAUGAGCCUCUUCCUGAUGAGGGACAGGUACGGAUGGAAUUUUCCAGGUGUAUUAUUAUUACUUUCUAUUGCAUUAAAGGAACACUAUUUAUACCCCAUUGUUUCCCACUACCUCUUUUUAGUAGUGUGUAGGCAGAGGUUCUAAUGUUGCGUCCUCAACUUAUUCCUUCCUAUAGGUAAUGAGCCAGGAGAUCCAAGAACAAUUACACAAACAGCAGGCCAUCAUUGCAGACAAACAGAUGAGUGUAAAGGAGGAUUUGGACCAAGUGGAGCCUGCGGUCAUUGAAGCUCAAAAUGGUAUAUUUUUAUAGACAUUCUAAUAACUGCAGAACUCACUGACAACUGGGAUGGUUAAUCAUUUGUAUUUAAAGGUUCCGGAGUCUAUUCUUCACUUGGAAGGAUAGCUGUGCAUUUUGAGACCAUUCCAUGAAUAAAGAGCUAAACUUCACUGGCUUUAAAAGGGCUACAGUACAGAUAACUUGCGAUAAUUUAAAUGUUAUUUGUUGGCUGAGUACUGUCUUAGUUGCUAGUGAAAACAGGACAUUUUUCAGUGUCUUUUUUUUUUUUUGAAAAGCUUCUAUUGUGCUUUGCUGUUUGGUGGGGCAGGAUGGACAUUGUAGUGUUUUUAUCUUUGAUAAUCCUCUACAUGUUCUAUUGCGGUUUUUUUAUUGUUUGUUUAUUUUAAAAGACAUUGGUUUUGCACAGACACAGCUUUUACAUGGAGUUCAACAAGUCAGGGACUUGUCAAACUGAAAGCUUUUAGCCCAGUGAAAAAGGUGUGUGGGAUAACAAGCAAUUGGUUAAAAAAAAAAAAAAAAAAUCUUUCCCGAGAUACAAUGUGAUGAUCUACGCCUGUCUGCUAACAAACAUGACAGCUGUGAUUAAUGUUACUUUGGAAAUCUCAUGGCACUUCAUAAAAAGUGUGGUUCGAGUCCAUAUUUUUCAGUUUUAAAAUAAGAUAAAGAUGUGACUUUAAAGGAACACUAUAGGGUCAGGAACACAAACAUGUAUUCCUGACCCUAUAGUGUUUAACCCACCAUUUAGGUGGCUUGCCUCUCUGCUGCCCCAUUAAAAGUUGUUAAAACUCACCUUAUUUCCAAUGUCUCCUGGGCCUGCCGGUGCUGGCCCCGCCCCUUGGUGACAUCAGAAUUCCUGCUUUUUAGCCAAUCCAAUGCUUUCCUGUGGGGAAAGCAUUGGAUUGGAUAAACUCUGCAAGGGGGCGGGGCCAAACACUGUUUUAGCCAAUCCACACAUCCUCAUAGAGAUGCAUUGAAUAAAUGCAUCUCUAUGAGGAAAAUUCAGCAUCCCCACGCUCUGAACGGCAGAGCUGCCUACUGUGCAGCACUGAGCCAGGAGGCACCUCCAGUGGCCAUCUAAGGAGGGGUCCAUAGGGGCAAUGUAAAUACUGCCUCUUGUCUGAAUAGGCAGUGUUUGCAUGAAAAUGCCUUAAGGGAACUAUUAUACUCACCAGAAAAACUACAUUAAGCUAGUGUCGCUUUAAGUAAGAACCAGAUGGCCUUUUUGCCAUACCAACAGAUGUAAAAAAAAAAAAAAAAAUUUUAAUUACUCUUAUCUGUAUUAUAAAUGGAGAUGGUUAUAGUAUGUGUUUAAAUUGCAUGUUUUAUACUGUCAUCAAAUGAAUUCUCUAAUUAAAUUUCCCUACUGUCUUUUUCUUUGUGUUUUUUUUUUUUUUCCCCUUUGUUUCCUCAUUUCUCUCUGCUCUGUGAUUGAUCCAAUUUGAUCACGAUUGUUAGCUGUUAAGUCAAUAAAGAAGCAACAUCUGGUAGAGGUCCGUUCUAUGGCUAAUCCACCAGCAGCAGUGAAACUGGCACUAGAGUCCAUCUGUCUGCUGCUGGGUGAGAGCACCACGGACUGGAGGCAGAUUCGGUCCGUCAUUAUGAGGGAAAACUUCAUCCCAACUAUUGUAAACUUUUCCGCUGAAGAGAUCAGGUGAUUAAAUGAAUUGCGUGCAACCACUGCUGAGGGUCGAAAGCAAUUGUUCAUAAUGGAUUGUCAGAUUUAAUUAAUUUCUUUAGUGCGGGGUGGGGAUUGAAAGCUCAGAAUAUAAAUUGAAAUGGCCUUGUUUAAGAUUAAUCCAUACAUUCUGUAGUUCCCAUUGAUCUAUUGGCCCUGCAUCAAAAGGUAGAAUUCAUCCAAUCUGUGCCAAAAAAAAAAUCAGCUUAGCAAGGUUAUUUACUAAAGUGUAAAUUGUCUAGAAUUGUGAAGAGAAUUUCUACUUUUAGGCCACAAUAUCCAAAACUGAGAAUUCUGACCUAAAAUUUUAAGUUCACUUUGAAUUACUGCUAAUUCACACUUUGCCCUAAUCACUGACAAGGAUGAGAUAAACCAAUCAAAACCUUGUACUACAUAAGCCCAAUGAUUGCUACCAUAAUAAAGGAAUCUUAUGUCCUCGAACUCGAAUUGCUUUCACGGUCGCCAGCAGUGGUUUGAGAAUGUACUAACACAUGCAUGUUAAUACUGUUUUCACCUUCUAAUAGCGGUGAGUUCUAUAAAAAGACAGCACCUUGUUGAAGUUAAAGCAAUGGGAAAUCCUCCUGCUGCAGUAAAACUGGCCUUAGAAUCUAUCUGUCUUCUUCUGGGGGAGGAGACGAGUGACUGGAAAAAGAUCAGGACAGUUUUUCUCAGGGAUAAUUUCAUCACCAACAUUAUCAACCUUAAUGCUCUGGAUUUAAGGUAUUUACAGUGCAGCUCAGUCCCUUUGGCCUGUUUAUUUGUCAUGGUGAAGACAGAUACUGUCCAUUUCAAUUUCUUAAAGUGAACCAGUCAUUGGGGAAAAAAUAAAAGCCAUUGUUGCAUCAGUUCAAGCAAAAUUAUGGAUCUACACGUUGUGUUAAAAAAAACUUGUGUGUUUAAGUUUCGAGCUGCUGGUCAUUUGGCCAUGACACAUGCAUGGCAAUCAGUGACCUGCCUUAACAUGUUCUAUUGGCUGAUUAAAGCAGUGGUAACAUCACUGCUUUAGAACUGGGAAACGAAGGUUUGAAUCCUGUAGAGUUGAAUACCAUAGAUUGGAAGCUUGGUUGAGCUGGAACUUCCUCACCCCUUUCUCUAAUUGUACCGGACUGCGGAUUAUGUUGGCGCCCUAUAAACUACGUUAAGGCAGGACUAACAUUUUUCUGUCACUUGCUAGCCAUUAGCCAUGAAAAAUGUUGCAUUAACCCCUUCCUUCCUCCUGUCUUUGAUAGCAACAUCAUAUUGUGACCAUUGCCACAGCUCAUAUCUGCAUUUCCCAGGAGCGUAGUUUAAAUCUUUCAGAACUAAUAAUCUGCUCUGUCCCCUUAAACCCUACCCCUGCUUUCUUCUCCUACCUACCACAGAGUCACUUUGGCAGUGCUAGUACUGGAUUAGAGGUUAUAGGAGGUGGGAACAGCCCACUCAGAUAGGGUGGGAGCUUCCCAGAAAUGCUCUUGUGCACCAUGCUGGAAAGGUGAAUAGUGUGUCGGGAUUCCAGCUACAGCCAGUUUAGCUCUUUUAACAUGUCCGUUAUAUUCUAGUACAAAGCGGCAGAACAAAUUAUAUAACGUAUUAAGUUUAUUAAGGUGGGUUUGUAGUGCGGGUGCAUACGCUACAUCUCCAUAAUCGGUAACCGGCAUUGGCAUUUGUUGCACCUGUUUCCUUACUGUAGGGCUUAGGCAGGAUUUGUUUCUGUACAGGGCACCUAGUUUGGGGUAAAGUUUUGAAGAGAUUUUUUCAAUGUGAAAACCAAAGGAUAGAUUGGGGUCUAGCAACAUACCUAGAUAUUUAAAGGAACAGACUACUGUCAGUGUGCUAUUUGAUUUUGUUCUGAUACAAAAUGGUUGAUUUUGUAGUUUACAUAAUUUAGUUACAGAUCCAAAGAUCAUUGUAACAGUUUUGUCAGUGUUUAGGAAGAGUUUGUUAUCCGCUAUCAACUUUUCUACCUCUGUGAAUUGGUUUUGGAGCACAGCCUCAAGCUGUGGUAGUUUGGGUUUAUUAGCGUAGAUUAGUGUCGUUUGCAUACAUGUGUACAGUUGAGGAUUUGCAGACAUUAGGCAGAUCAUUUAUAAAUAAUGUGAAUAGCAGGGAGCCGAGUAAUGGAGCCUUGGGGAACACCACACGUGGCUGGAAGAAGGAGGGAAGCGCCAUCAGAAAUGGCCACAUAUUGCAAUCGAAACCAGGUUAGCGUACAAUCACCAAUGCCUAAGUUUUUGCAAAAAAAUGCCAUGGUCUACUGUGUCAAAGGCCUUGGCAAAAUCAAGGAAAAUAGCUCCAGUUAAGUCUCCUUGUUCCAUGCCAAUUCGGAUGUCAUUGCAAACUUUUAAGAGGCCAGUCGAAGUUGAGUGAUUUGGACGGAAGAAGCCUGAUUGGUCAGCGGUCAGAUAAUUUGAUAGUUGAUGAUAUUCGCAUAGUUGCGUGUGGACGCAUUUUUCCAAGAUUUUUGACACUACCGGGAGCAAUGAUAUCAGGCGAUAGUUAGAUACCAAAGUAUUGUCACUACUUUUAUAGCUCUGUACUACUCUUGCAGUCUUCCAAAGUUUGGGUAUGUAUCCUGGCACCAGGGAUUCAAUGAUAAGGGUAGUGACAGGUUUAGCAAUUGCUGGCACACUGAGCUUCAGCAACACUGCUGGGAUUUGAGCUGGUCCACACUUGUUUUUCAUUUUUAAAUUAUUAAGAUGUUUAUUAACAACACUAACCUGCACAGGUCUAAAAUUGAACUUUUCUACAUGAGGAUUUUGAAGAUUUGAUCUUUAUUUGAGGUCUGAAAAUGAGUGUAAUUUGUUAUCUUAAAGCGGUACUGUCAUGGCUGAAUCCUAUUGUUUUUUUUAAACCCACCUCCCGACUCCGCUACAUCUAACUGACCCUUUAGUUGCCCCUAAGCAAUAAUAUUUUACCUAUUUUUUUUUUAAUCUUUAUUUUCUGCCCCGAUCUAUUUUCAGGGCGCCGCCAUCUUUGUGUGGGUAGAUUAAGUCCCUGUAGGACACGUCAUCUGCCCACACUAGACAGACUGUGAGAUUCCUGCACAUGCCCAGUGAAACACUUGGGCAUGUGAACGGGAAUUUCAUCUAUUCAUUCGUCAGAAAGACGAAUGAAUGACUAGAAAUUUCAGACGGACAAACAAACACUGAAUAUCAGUGUUCGUUUGUUCGUUCAGUUUACUACAAGGAGGUAGCUACCGGCGCACAACCAUAAGGGGGACCAAUUGUCCUCUCGUGAGCGGCGGGUGGGGGCCCUAAAUGAAAAUUCCCCACUUCCAAGGUGACCAGGGGUCCCCAAGCCCCUAGUCACCCUUUCUCCCACCCACCCAACCAAAAAAAAAAUGUAUUCCCUACCUACUCCCCUCACCCUAAAAAUAGUGACGGGGGAAUAAAAUAACCUGUAAAGAAAAAUAAAACUUACCAUUUGAUGUCUUCUUUUUUUCUAAAAUCUUCAUUUUUCAGCCCCAAGAAAAUCCAAAUUAAAAACCAUCAUACCUGUCGAACUUGUUAAAAAAAUAAAUAAAAAAAAACACAGACAAAAAAAUGAAUCCAUCUUCACCCGGCGAGGGCACGGCGCAGACUGAGCUCUGCAGGCCGGGGGAAGGCUUAUAAAGCCUUGCCUCGUCCUGCAAUUGGUUAUUUCCAAAUAACUGGGUUAUUCAAAGGGAAUUUCAAAUGUCAUGCCAAAGUAGCAAAACUGAAAGCAUCUCUACCUUAGACAAUGCUUCCAGUUCUUUUGACCUUGAAUUUAAAAAUUCACUUUGAAUUCUCCCUUUAGUGAGUAACCCUGAAUAACACCGUAAAGCUGCCUUGCAGUUUGUCACAAUAUGUGGAUCAAAUCCAUCAUUAAGCAGGUGCAACCAUAUAUUUUGUGGAUGACUGGGCACUUUACAAUUGAGCUGUCCAUCUUUUCAUUCCUACCUUUGCUGUGAAAGCAGACAGUCCUUUAAAAAGACUAAUAUGAAAUUAUUUUAAAUAAUCCUUUUCUUCUUUUCCUUCAACCAUAUUCCCUCACCUUUCCAAUCACUACAAAUAGCGCAGAGCUUGAGGAGCCUUUCAUAUAUGGUCCCAUUGUGGUUGAUCAUCCUCACAGCACAUGGGACAUUUCUCCAAUACCUGUCAUAGUAAUCGGAGUGGACAGCGAUGUUGUAAAUUGGUUUGUUCAACCAGGUUGUCUCUUUAAAAUAAGGAGCAUGUCACUCCGUUAGGCUAGAGAUUUUAAGUGUUCACGUAAAAGAUAAUUAUGUAGAAAUUGUCCCAAAUAAUUAGCUUGAUCUAGAUUUGCUGCAGUGUAAUAUUGCUGCAUGAAUAAUGAAAUCACAGGACUAAUCCAUCGAAAUACCUAGCAACAAUUCUAAUAGAAACUUAUUUUUUUGCUGUAUAUAUUUUUUUUCUCUUCCAGUGAUGCCAUCCGGGAGAAGAUGAAGAAAAACUAUAUGUCCAAUCCAAAUUUCAAUUAUGAGAUUGUAAACAGGGCUUCGCUGGCUUGUGGUCCCAUGGUAAAAUGGGCUAUUGCACAGGUAUGUUGUAAUGUUCUAGACACAUGUUUUCAUUGUUUUUUUGUUUUUGUUUUUUGUUAUACACUUUUACAUGCAAUAUUCUGUAGCAUUGUACCUUUUAGUGCACAACAAGGCUUAAUCAAAAAGCACCAUGUCCACUUUGUCUCCAAAAGUUACUUGUAGAACAUACCCAGAAAGUAGGUCCUGUUAGAAAUAACACCAUAAAGAUGGGUGCAUGACCUACAAACAGUCAUUACUGUUCUAGAGGGUCUGUAAGUAAUAAUUUGACAUUCCUGAUGUUGUGGACUUUUUCUAUCCAACAGGCAAAAUUAGGAUCUUUGUAAAAGCAGUUAGAAUUUUGUAGUGUCACAGGUUAGCCCUCAAUGGUUUCUUGCUAAACCUCACAGCUUUUCAUUGCCUACCUAAUUUUUUUUUUUUUGUUGUUGUACCCUUCUCCUUGUGGUAAUAGCUGAACUACGCAGAUAUGUUAAAACGUGUUGAGCCUCUCAGAAAUGAGCUGCAGAAACUGGAGGAUGAUGCCAAAGACAACCAAGCUAAAGCUAAUGAAGUGGAACAGAUGAUCCAUGACCUGGAAGCCAGCAUUGCGCGCUAUAAGGAGGAAUACGCUGUCCUGAUUUCUGAAGCUCAGGCAAUUAAAGCCGACUUGGCUGCUGUUGAAGCAAAGGUAAAUAACAUCCUUCCACCGGAAUUGUUUAAUAAUAUGGUUGGGACUUAGACUAGUUAAUAGGUGCUGCAACUUCAAGAUUUUUAUUUAUUUUUUCAAUGAACUGCACACCUUUUAUUUAGCUAUUUAAUGCAUGCCAAGCCAACCAUUCUUGGUGGAAGCAACUACUGUGUUAUGGUUCGUUUCCCCAGUUUCCUAUUCUGAAAUCACGUAUUUAGUGAACAAUUUCUCCAUCAUUCGUGUCCUGAUGUAGGUGAACCGCAGUACUGCCCUCCUGAAAAGUUUAUCUGCUGAACGAGAAAGAUGGGAGAAGACCAGCGAAACCUUCAAAAACCAGAUGUCCACUAUUGCUGGUGACUGCCUGCUGUCUGCAGCUUUCAUUGCAUAUGCCGGCUACUUUGACCAACAGAUGCGUCAGAACCUAUUCACAACAUGGUCUCACCAUUUGCAGCAAGCCAACAUCCAGGUGACUAUUUCCACUUUUGCAAAAAUAUUUGGUGUCCCGUUUAAACAGCAGUUGUUAAAAAUGGCCACCAGCAAGGACAGUCUAUGUUCAUGUCUUCUUUUCCUAUAAUGUGUUUUUACGGUUUGAGAGGAGUUUUUAUUUAUUUCUCACUUUUGUUAUUUGGUAUCGUCGUAUAGAUAUGUGUUUUGUUUGUUUUCGGAAAGUGACUUUACUUAGAAUAUAGGUAUUUUAAAUAUUCUUUUUGAAACAGAAUGGUUAUCCAGUUUCUUUUUUUCGAACCAAUUAAAACCUAUGCAUUUGCAAUAUGCAUGUGCACACACGCUACAGAAAUGCAAAGCAUUUAAAAUAGAAAACAAAAUCAGGAUUCCAAUUUGCAAUCUUCUUGAAGAUGGGUUGCUUGAAUGACAGGGUACCUAUAGAAUAAUGUAACAAAAAAGCCGUGUAUGCCCAUGUACAAAAACCGGCAAGUGGUUAGCGUUUCUUGGAUAAAUACAGGACUUCAAUGCAUGGACCUCAUUGGCAUACCAUGUUGAAGACUUCUUCUAGAUCAUUGGUUAGACAUUAACUCUUGACAUGGAUAAGCAUACAUGUUGUAACAUCUUAGAUAAACAUUCCGUGCAGUUCGAAUGGACCGCUGUCUGGUUUGGAAUGUUAGUCUUUAUUGGGGGUAGAACUCUGGCAAAGCUCUGCUCUACCUAGAAGAAAGACUUUGUGCAAGAAACCAAUUUCACUCAGUCCUGACCGCAUUAGGACUAAGGGCAAGCAAAGAAAUGAUUAGCAAGCCCUACUCUAUUUAUGCAAAAUAUUUCUGAUAUGCAACCAAUGUAAACAAAUAUUUUUCCUUUUUUUUUUUCCCCAUGCAGUUCCGCACAGACAUUGCAAGAACAGAAUAUCUCUCCAAUGCAGAUGAACGCCUUCGCUGGCAAGCAAGCUCUUUACCCGCUGAUGAUUUGUGCACAGAAAAUGCCAUCAUGUUGAAACGGUUUAAUAGGUAUACAGCCAUCUUACAUUUUGUUCCUUAAAGCAGCACGUGAGUUAACUGGUUAAGCUCGAAGAAUAGGAUUCGAAACCUAAAUCUUUUUAAUUAGCGUUGCAAUAAAUGAUAAAUUUCAGGUUUUAUGAAGUUGAUCGAAUGUCUAGUGUACAAGCCAAGUGACUAGCAGAAUGUAAAUUCAAUUUGAACACUUCUGUUUGUGUAGAUAUCCUCUGAUUAUCGAUCCUUCUGGUCAAGCUACGGAGUUUAUCAUGAAUGAAUACAAAGAUCGCAAAAUUACACGUACCAGCUUCUUGGAUGAUGCGUUUAGGAAGAAUUUAGAAAGUGCUCUCCGUUUCGGUAACCCACUUCUGGUGCAGGUGAAUAUGGUUUUAUUUUUGGAAUCUGUUCCCUCGUACUAUCUUUCUAUCUUUCUUAGCUUGUGUAUAUUUUACUAUGUAAUACUGCCUUUACUUAGGAUGUUGAAAGCUAUGAUCCAAUUCUGAAUCCUGUACUGAACCGCGAAGUUCGUCGAACUGGUGGCAGAGUGCUGAUCACUCUAGGAGAUCAAGACAUUGAUUUGUCCCCAUCAUUUGUCAUCUUCCUCUCGACCAGAGACCCCACAGUACGUAGCAUUCUAAAAACUACUGCUUUAAAUAUUAUGUCUGUUCUGUGCUUACCAUGUCUUAUUUUUUAUUUUUAAGGUUGAGUUCCCACCAGACCUCUGCUCCCGUGUGACAUUUGUAAACUUCACAGUAACUCGCAGUAGUUUGCAGAGUCAGUGUUUGAAUGAGGUCCUUAAAGCUGAAAGACCUGAUGUAGACGAAAAGCGAUCAGAUCUUCUUAAACUGCAAGGUACAGGCUGCUGAAAAUGUCCAGCUUUGUAGUGAUCUAUUUUAAAAUGCUUUAACUUCAACAUUUGAUGUGUAUAAAAUUCAGGUAUUUUGAUAUUCGCUGAUAAGAUAGAUAAUUAAACAUAAAGUAUUUAUUUUAGGAAAAGGUUCAUUCUCUAAACCUGACUAUUAUCUACCUAUCUGUGGAUGUGUGUAGCUCUUGGAGUAAGUCCUCGGAAUUAUGGAGAAUUAAAAAGGAAGUUACAAUUUUUAAGCAAAUGUAUUUGAAAAUGUUACCAUUUCAGCUACAUUGGCCUAAACUUUAUAAUCUAAUCUCUAGUUUUCACAAGUAUCUCAGAAUUGGUGUCAUUGGCUGAAAAUGGUAAGCAGAACUUGAAAGUGUAGGGGUGUCAGUAUUACAAUUGGGGUUCCCAUCUGGCAAUAAUUUAAAAUGUACAAGUUAAUUUGGCUAUACAUAUACAUAUUGUGUAGAGUAAGGUUUCAAUAAAAUGUUCCAUUUUAGACGAUGCGGUUGGAGGUAAAAAAAGAAAGCUGGUUAGUGUUGAACAUUUUUCUUACAUAUUAUUGUGCCUUGGUCCAAAAAGGGUUAGGAAUCCCUGGUCUACACAAAGCUGUGAGUUGGUUCAGGAACCACCGAGACUCGCACACAAAGCAGGCCCCUUAAUGUAAUCUAGAACUAGUCCUACAGCUACUAUGCGAAAUAAUCUUCUUCUAGAUUUAUUUUGUUUUUGUACAUUAUAUACAGCAGCACUGUGUUAAAAUCCUAGCUUUUGCUGGUUUAUGUAGACCAGUGAUUGCGAACCUUGAUACUACAUGAGGACCAGAUUUCUCAGGAUUCUCAUCCACUGUAUAGGAUGAUUGAGCAUCUUGGGAAAUGUCCUCUGGGAACCUCGGCAAUGCCAGGGUUAGCCAUCAUUGAUGUAUAAAAUUUGAAUCACAGUGAAGAUGUUUCUAAAAUGUGUUCCGCGUCAUUUAGGGGAAUUUCAGCUACGUUUACGACAGCUGGAGAAGUCCCUUCUCCAGGCUCUGAAUGAGGUGAAAGGACGCAUUUUGGAUGACGACACAAUUAUCACUACGUUGGAGAACCUCAAGAAAGAGGCGGCAGAAGUCACUCGUAAAGUGGCAGAAACGGAUAUCAUCAUGCAGGAGGUGGAGACUGUAUCUCAGCAGUACCUACCUCUCUCUACAGCUUGCAGCAGCAUUUAUUUUACAAUGGAGUCUCUCAAACAAGUAAGGCUUGUAUUAGUUUGUCAUAAAACUCCUGUUACUGGGUGUGAUUUAUUAGAAGAUGUUUUUUCUUUUUUUGUCGAGUUAUACUGCCCAAUUAAUAAACUUUUUUGUUUUUUUUAUUCUCCCAGAUACAUUUCUUGUACCAGUAUUCAUUGCAAUUUUUCUUGGAUAUAUACCACACUGUACUAUAUGAGAAUGCGAAUCUGAAAGGUACCACGGACCACACUCAGCGUCUCUCUGUGAUCACUAAAGACCUCUUCCAGGUACUCUCGAAUAUUUGUAACUUGAAUGGUUUACAUAGUGGUUUGUUUUCUUCCUUCGGUAGAGUCUAUGAAACCUAGCUUCCUUCUGUAGAGCCGAUGAAGCUUGGCUUCCUUCUGUAGAGCCGAUGAAGCUUGGCUUCCUUCUGUAGAGCCGAUGAAGCUUGGCUUCCUUCUGUAGAGCCGAUGAAGCUUGGCUUCCUUCUGUAGAGCCGAUGAAGCUUGGCUUCCUUCUGUAGAGCAGAUGAAGCUGUGAUUUACUAUUCUUCUAUUUUGUCUUUAGGUUGCAUUCAACAGGGUGGCGAGAGGAAUGCUACACAAUGAUCACCUGACAUUUGCCAUGCUCCUCGCAAGAAUAAAACUGAAGGGAACGAUUGGGUAAUUGUUAUUAUCUAUGAUUAAAACAAGGUGUCUGUGCUGUAGAGCCCCAUCUUAACUGGAAGGGUUCAACACAGGAAAGAAACAUAAAUUAAACAGGAGUGCUUCGUGUCACUUGGUGACAAAAUUAUGCCCAGUGUGCCUGAAAUCUGAUCAUUUGUGUCCUGCAGAACACGUUGUACGCUAUUAAAGCAAAUUCUGUAAAAUAUUAUGUAGUUACUUAAAAUGAUAUGAUUCCUGUGCUUUCGCUUACAUGUUGCUAUGGUCUUGCAAAAACACAUUGUACCAUGAUAAUUUCUUGAAUAAACUUCUGGUAUUGUGUCUUGACUUGGCAACUUUCAGAUCUGCUUAAAGGACCACUCUAGGCACCCAGACCACUUCAGCUUAAUGAAAUGGUCUGGGUGCCAGGUCCAGCUAGGAUUAACCCAUUUUUUUUAUAAACAUAGCAGUUUCAGAGAAACUGCUAUGUUUAUAAAUGGGUUACUCCAGCUCUCAAAUCCUCUAGUGGCUGUCUCGUUGACAGCCGCUAGAGGCGCUUGCGUGAUUCUCACUGUGAGAACACGCAAGCGUCCAUAGGAAAGCAUUGUAAAUGCUUUCCUAUGCGACCGGCUGAAUGUGCGCGCAGCCAGCCAAAUGGGCGGAGAGGAGGAGAGCUCCCCGCCCAGCACUGGAAAAGGGUAAGUUUUUACCCCUUUCCUCUCCCUAGAGCCGGGCGGGAGGGGGACCCUGAGGGUGGGGGCACCCUCAGGACACUAUAGUGCCAGGUAAAAGAGUAUGUUUUCCUGGCACUAUAGUGGUCCUUUAAUAGACGGUGACAUUUUAGGCAAAUUUGGCCGUAUUUCUAAUACUCCCUGCAAUACUGGUUGUCUAAUCUCUCUCAUUGUGGUAUGUUUUGCAGCUCGUGUUUUAUUAAUUUUAAACUUUUUUUACUUUACCCAAGAGCACAAAAUGGCCAUCACAACUAACCACUGCCAGACAGCAACACAUGUCCUCUCUUUCUCUCGAAUUCCAAUUAUCUCUAAUAAAAUGCUGGAUUUUUAUUUUUUUUCAGUGAGCCUACUUAUGAUCUGGAAUUCCAACACUUCCUAAGAGGACGAGAGAUUGUUCUUGGAUCAUCAUCCGUACCCAAAAUCAAUGGUCUUUCAGAGGAGCAAGUGGAAGCCAUGAUACGCCUUGGCAACUUGCCAGAGUUCAAGGACGUGAUGGCAAAGGUCGAAGCAGAUGAAGUAAGUGUUUAAUGUUCAAGGCAUUCCAGUGUGACUUCUUAUUUAUCUGGUUAUCGAGCUAGGUAACUAAUCUAAUGUGUGUUUUGUAGCAAUUCUGCAUCUGGCUGGAGAGCAGCUCACCAGAACAGACUGUACCAUACAUCUGGAGUGAUGAAAAGCCAGCAAGUAAGUGUUAACAAAUCUGUGUGUGAUAGUACAUUGCGAACAUGGAGCUCCUGGAGUAUAGCAAACGAUAGUCCAUCAUGUUUUUCAUGUUUUAGCUGGAUGUAUUGAUAAGUUACUGUAGAGUAGUGAUUGCUACUAUGUUUGCCAUGAUGCAUUGCCAGAAUGCCAAAUAUGAUCCACCACUUUUGUAAUGCUAAGGGUAACUACGGAUUUGUCAUUCUCUUUUGGAGGACCAAUAGUUUGGGGUAAUGUUUUAAGGGAUUCAAAUUAAAAUGGUAAAUUGCAAAGCAAUCACUUACAAAAAACUUACAGCACUCUUUUAAAGAGUGCAAAUGACCAUGGUCCAGUGAAGCAUAUGUAGAUGUUUCCAAACUGAAGGCAACACAUCUCCGCAGCAGUUAAUACUCACUCAAUAUUUUUACUGCUUAUUUGCCUGGACUUGCAAGAUAGAAAUUGAGGCUAGUUACACCGGUCGCGUGGCAGCUAGUUUGGCAGUUUACUUGAUAAUUGUGCCACUGAUGCACAUUACAUACUUGUGGCCUUCCUGAUGAGUGUUUUUUUUUUCUAAUUUGGAUUUGUUUGUUCCCAUUAGCACCUAUUGGGCAAGCUGUCCGUCGUUUACUCCUUGUUCAAGCUUUCCGACCAGAUCGCCUGCUAGCAAUGGCGCACAUCUUUGUAUCUACAAUCCUUGGCGAUUCCUUUAUGACAGUCAUUGAUCAGCCGCUGGACCUGGCACACAUUGUGGACACAGAGGUAUAACAUCUGUCACUACCUCCCCAUCUUACCUCUUUCCUUAUUAAAUUGGUAUUUAAAAAAAGCUUUUGUGUAAAGAAACCGUUCCUGUUGCUAAACACAAGCUCAGGCUAACUUUGUGUCUAAUCAUCUUCCAUCACAGUUUCUACUACUACUUAUAGAAAUUAAGAGCCUGUAUGAGAGAUACUCAGCGUAUCCAUAUCAGCAGUUGACGGGUUUUAAGGCAAAUUCCGUAUCAGUUAAAGGUCACUUUGUUCAAAGCCAUGUUGCUAGUGCAUGAAUUAAACUCUUUGGUAACAUUUUCUCCUAAUCAAUAUAUACAGUUUGUGUAAUUAACAUAAUUGAGACUACACACAGGGUGCAGUCAGAAUUAUGUUUCAAAGUGUUUUUAAUAUUUAGAAUUUUCUGGACUUUAUUAGUGAUUACUGGUGUCGGGAUUUGUUUAAAAUACAUUCACGGUUGCCAUCUGUUUAGGUAAAACCCAGCACACCAAUUUUGAUGUGUUCUGUUCCGGGUUAUGAUGCCAGUGGACGUGGUGAAGACUUAGCAGCUGAACAAAACACCCAGAUUACAUCUAUUGCUAUCGGUAGGUGAACGUUCGUCAAGCUGAAUGACAUUCGUUAAGUUGUUACAUGCCACAAUCUAACCAUUCGUUACGUUUUCUAGGCUCGGCCGAGGGUUUCAGUCAAGCUGAGAAAGCCAUAAACACAGCUGUGAAGUCGGGCAGGUGGGUUCCAAACACAUUAGACAUUGUAUAAAUUAGAAGUUCUCUGGCAAUCGACUACUCUUUUAAGCCCGAGUUACACAGAAAAUCAAUCAUUCUCCCCAAGUUGGGUGGUUGAGUGCAUGCAAAAGACAUUAUGUGAUCCACAAAUAACAAAGCCACACGUAAACUUUGAUUGCACGGGGAGGUGAUCAAAAAAAAUGCAGAUAGUCUGUACGUGUCUUGUUCUUUGCAUCGUGAAAUUAAAUAUAAGCUGCGUACCUAGUUAGAAUUUUUUUUUUUUUUUUCCAUUUGAGGGGAGGAGGCUAGUUUUCGAUGUGUUGCAUUUCAAGGACAAAUAUAUAGCUGUACGAAGUAUUGUAUGGAAUUUCCCCUUGCUGUUCUAAAUGUCCAUUCUUUGCUUUUCCCUAGAUGGGUGAUGCUGAAAAAUGUGCAUCUGGCCCCAGGCUGGUUGAUGCAGUUGGAGAAGAAACUUCAUUCCCUGCAGCCACAUUCUUGCUUCAGACUUUUCCUAACAAUGGAAAUCAACCCUAAGGUAGGACUUGGCUUAUUAUACAGUCUGUUCCUUAGAGACCGUACUCAGUUAGCAGGAGCAAAGCUUGUAGAGCUGCAGGAUGGCCUGUGCCAGCACAGGUUCCUUAAGAACUUGCUUUUCAGUGGCCUUUAAAAGCAUGGCUGUUGCACGUGAUAUGAGAGUUGUGCUUUUUGAUGUGUCUAGAAAUGAAUCUAUCAAAUGGUUUACAAAUAGAAUAAAAUAAUGUAUCUCAUCUGUUAGCACUACAGGCAAAUCUGGGAGGAUGCAGCGAUUAUUAAAUAUGCUAUCACAGCAUAGAGAUUAAAUUAUUUGGAGGAUAAAGCUUAAACUUGGUUAUGACACCCUCUUAGUAAGAGCAAAUUGAAUGCAAAUUCACAUUUCUUUAAAAUAUAAACUUAUAACGGUAUGGCUCUGCCAAGCCGAAGCAUUGGCUGACAGUGCCACAUGCCCUCGAGUAAGGUACCCAUGUCCCCCUAAGGACCUGCUGCUGCAACCCAGCACACCGGUACCAAGACAGAAAACGCUACUACAAAUUAGUCAAAGAUAAUGAUGGGUCAAUUGUGGACUGUCUGCUAAUGCUUAACUAAGAUUUCUUAAUAACUCGACUAGAGCUAGUUAAAGGUCACUUCUGAUUACUAAGCAUGCCCAUAGUCCCCAUCUAAGUCUCGUGUCCGGCAUGCACGAGCCAUUUAACCCCGUUAUUACUCCUCUCGUAUACCUGUCACUGAACGCACUGUAUGCCCUGCUUGUUAAGAUGAUAUGCCAUACCACAAGCUAUUAAUGUUAUAACUUGGAUUGUACCUACGUUAAAUUUUAUUUCUUAUGUUUAUGCAUCACUUAGUAGGCAAAUGUUUACAUAGUUAGCGAUAGACCUGUAGCAUGCACUACUCAAACUAUUGGUUUGCAUAUAUAAGUGCUAACACAGUCAGACAUCUAGGUAUAUCUCCCCCACACAGUUUAGCUAGUUUAAGCGAUCUACAAACUAAAUGUGCAAGUUCUCUAUAUGCCAUGUUUAUGUUUACCAACCUAUGAUAUUCGCGCUUGUGGGAGCUAUUGUGGCUGUACAAGCACUGCUGUAAUCUUACGCACACAAAAAAUAAAUAAAUAAAUAAACUUCUAGUACUCUCCACUGACAAUGAAACCAGGGCUAGAAAAAGACCUCCCUCAGCAGUCUAGGAUCUAUGCUUUGUAGCCCUUUGGCAGAGUUUUGCUGUCUGUGUAGGGUAUUUUAGGAAGAUCCUUUAGUUACACCAGAUUGUGUUCUAUUACAGGUACCUGUGAACUUACUCCGUGCUGGACGCAUCUUUGUCUUUGAGCCACCUCCUGGUGUGAAGGCCAACAUGCUGAGGACUUUCAGCAGCAUCCCUGUCUCCAGGAUUUGUAAGGUGAGUACAAGGUUUAAGAAAUAAAUUACCUCUAUAAUGAUGAUAAACCCUUUAACCAACAAAUUUUCUAAGGUAUACGUAUCCCACAAAAUGUAUUGAUGAUCAGGUAGAUCUAAACGCUGCACUUGUAAAUCACCAAGACGUUUAUAGACUAAUGGAUAUCGGAGGCUCGCUUCCUCAUUUAAACGGACACCAGUCUUUCUACUAUGCCACAUGCAAAUCAUGGGGGCAGGAUACUGUGUAUGCAUCCAGACAAACAUGUAUAGAAUUGAAUUCAAGGUACGGUUUGAAUCACUGCUACUUUUUAAAUGAUUGCAGUUCAUGGAGUAGGUUUCAGUGCUGCAACCUGAUCUAGCCAAAUAAGUUAAUCACUAAAGCCAGUUCUGUAUAUCCAUCACUCCUAAAAAUGGUAGUAUUAGCAAAAUGGAACUUUUGGAAUGGUUCUUUACCCUAAACUCCUACUUGUUUAAUACCUUAGAUUUUUGUUUAUAGAAAUGUUUAUAUUUGUAUGCUUUGUUAGUUUAAAGAAAUAGGAUUUAAAAAAAAAUGCAAAUCAUAUUUUUGUCUUUAGGCUCCAAAUGAGCGUGCUCGUUUAUACUUCCUCUUGGCCUGGUUCCAUGCUAUCAUCCAAGAGCGUCUGCGAUAUGCACCUUUAGGCUGGUCUAAGAAAUAUGAGUUUGGCGAAUCUGAUCUCCGAUCUGCCUGUGACACUGUGGACACGUGGCUGGAUGACACUACAAAGGUUAGGCAUUGUAAAAUAAAUACUAGGAAGUAUGUAAGCACUGACGGUGUCAGUCAGUGAUAGUAAGAACUUUGGUACUUAGGCAGUUGUGUGGUCUAAUGGAUGGACGAGUGUAGCAUUAUGGGAAUUGCCAUGCUCAGCUGUUGUGGCAAAGGUAACAAAUCUUGGAGGGGAAAAAAACUCUUUAUUUAUUUAAUUUUUUUUUUAAAUCUUUUUACUCCACUUAAGGGACGUCAAAACAUUUCUCCAGAUAAGAUCCCAUGGUCUGCCUUGAAGACUCUUAUGGCCCAGUCCAUUUAUGGUGGUCGAAUUGACAACGAAUUUGACCAGAGGCUACUCAACACUUUUCUUGAGAGGCUUUUCACAACUUCUAGUUUUGACAGUGAAUUUAAACUGGCUUGCAAAGUGGACGGACAUAAAGAUAUCCAAAUGCCAGAUGGCAUAAGGUAAAGUUAAUCAAACGUCAAUAUUGAUCAUCUUAAAUUGGUGGCUGGACUUUUUUUUUUUUUUUUUUUGCGUUAAAAUCCCUUCCUAUCUUAUAACAUUCAUUUAAACAUUAUUUGUUUGUUUAUUCUAGACGUGAUGAGUUUGUUCAGUGGGUGGAAUUACUCCCAGACACACAGACCCCAUCCUGGCUUGGCUUACCGAACAACGCAGAGCGAGUACUCCUCACCACACAGGGUAAAAUGUGUCUUAUUUGCAGAAUAUCUGCUCACGCUGCUUUUAAUACUUUACAGAUGUCUGUGUUCUGUCCCUGCGCAUCUCCUCUCAUGCUUUAAAUGACAAGACUUAUACCUUAUAAGUGUGCUUAUUAAAAUGUGUGAAUUAGUAACCUGUCCAUUUCUCGUCAACCAUUCAUUGUCUCAUAACUGUAACUGGUGGUCUGACCUCAUCCUUCAACAGUCUUGUACUUUCCUCACAUUUCUCUGAUCAAUCAAACUUGCCUGAUAUCUCUUCACCUGGUAUUUUUUGUUUUGUUUUCUGUUCUAAUUUUAUGUUUAAGUAUGACAAAAUAAGACCACAAACCAAUGUUUGUUAAUAACCAGUUAGUUGCCAUUUUUCAUGAUCGUUGCGUGUAAAUUUAUGUCCCACUUUACUGCUUUGGACAUGUUGUUGUCUACAAUGUGUCGACCUUUUUAGGGUUUUUUGUGUUUUUAUUUCCUGUUGCUUUUGUGUUUGUUUUUUCUUUAUUUGCUUUACGUUCCCCCGCAUUUUGUUUUUUUUCUCCCUUGUGGUUCAGGCAUUGACAUGAUCAGCAAAAUGCUGAAAAUGCAAAUGCUGGAGGAUGAGGAUGACCUAGCUUAUGCAGAAACCGAGAAAAAACAAAGAACAGACUCCACAUCGGACGGUCGCCCAGCCUGGAUGCGAACCUUGCACGUGACUGCUUGCAACUGGCUCCAAGUUAUCCCGCAGUCUCUCAACCAUCUAAAACGCACUGUAGAAAAUAUUAAGGUUAGAUCCCAAUCUGCAAAGUUCAGUUUUUCAUUUGUUUACUUUUAAACUCGUUCGUCAAUGCAAUCUGUUAAAUUGUUCAAUUAACCUCAAUCAAGCACUUUUUUUAAACUAAUUCUCAAUUUUUCCUGUUUCCAAAAGUCCUAGUGUAAAUGAGCUUGUAAUUGGACAAUGUAUACAAUAGUAAAGCAAUUGUCGAAUCUGUGUGAACAUUUUACAGAAUGCCAGAAAAAUUGCAAAGACAUUAUAGGUUUCAACAUUAAAAGGACGCCAUAACAACUUCAUCUAAAUUAAGUUGUUAUGGUGCCAGGAGGCCCCUGGGCACUCUUACCUCAAGGAGUUAAACUGUUCUUGAUGUGGUUUAACCCAAAACAUGCCUCUAGUGCCAAUCUUAAAGGGACACUCCAGGCACCCAGACCACUUCUGCCUAUUGGAGUGGUCAGGGUGCCAACUUCCCACUACCCUUAACACUGCAACUGUAAUUAUUGCAGUUUUUAUAAACUGCAAUAAUUACCUUGCAGGGUUAACUCCUCCUCUAGUGGCUGUCUACUCGACAGCCACUAGAUUUUCUGUGCUAUAGCGUCGCUGGACGUCCUCACGCUAUGUGAGGACCUCCAGCGUCGCAAAAAUCCCCAUAGGAAAGCAUUUUCAUUGCUUUGCUACAGGGAGUUCUAAUGCGCGGCAUUGCCGCGCAUGCGCAUUAGGUCUCCCCCACCGGAGGGUGUGAUCAGUCUCCCCGUCCGCCUGACGUGGUGACUGGGAGGAGCUGGGCGGACCAAGAAGCGGCACCGAGGGACAUCGUCGCUGCCUCUGGUAAGUCACUGAAGGGGUUUUGACCCCUUCAGCAACCGGGGAUUGGUGGGUGGGUGGGAGGGAGAGGGGACCUGCAGUGCCAGGAGAACUCUUUUUUUCGGCACUGGAGUGUCCCUUUAACUCUUCCCCCCCUAUAGUGAAAGCGGGGACACCAAGCCCAAUGUUGCUCUUUUCUUGAUGCACAGUAACCACUGUGCUGUUUGGUCCACUUUGAGCAGAGUCCUAUUACACGUUGCCUUUAAAGAAGGCUUGUCAUAUACAGAAUGUUUGGUUAUGUGCCACCCAAAAUGCACAGGACAAUAUGUAAUGUGAAAAUGACUGACCCACUCCUUUUUUGUUAAUAAUUGGCAAUCUAGGACCCGCUCUUCAGAUUUUUUGAACGGGAGGUUAAGAUGGGAGCAAAAUUGCUUCUGGAUGUGCGUCAGGACCUAACAGAUGUUGUCCAGGUGUGCGAGGGGAAGAAGAAGCAAACAAACUAUCUGAGAACGCUGAUUAAUGAGCUGGUUAAAGGUAAGGAAACAUUGUCCUAUUUCCAUUAUUGAUUGUUUUUUUUUUUUUUAUGAUUUGAGCAAACUAUUUUUAUAUGCAAAUGUGCAGCAACUAUAAAUGUUUACAUCAACCAAGCCACAAUAGCAUCACUACAAAAAAAUAAAUAAAAAUAGGAUGCGCAAAAAAUCCAAUGUGUAUACUUCUAUAAUCUCUGCAUUUUCCUCCAGUGCUUUAAGUAAAAUGAUCGUUAACAGAUUCACCAAGUCCUUUGAUGAAAUACUCGGCCAACGUAAAUCUAGGAUCACUUAUCGCAUGAAUAGAUGAAUUGUAUUCUACGUUUCUAUGAAAAUAAAAGGGAAUUUUUAAAGGAUCCACUGACUUAUGCACAAUGUAAAUUGAGCUGAUCUAGCUACCUUCACUCUGAGUCACUGCAACUGUACAUAAUUAACUUUCUGCACAACUGGAUAUAUUGGUGCACAUUUUCCAGUCAAAUAUUUUGCGUGCGUUACUAGUUGCCUCCACAUACUAAUUAAUGCUGCUUAAUUACAGGUAUUCUGCCUCGCAGCUGGUCUCGAUUCACUGUUCCUGCUGGAAUGACAGUCAUACAGUGGGUGUCAGAUUUUAGUGACCGGAUCAAACAACUUCAAAAUAUCUCACAAGCCGCAGCUGCAAGUGGAGCAAAGGAAUUGAAGGCAAGAUUUAGGGAAACAACUUUGUGGGGGGGGGGGUUUUGGGGACAGAAGUUCCAUGCUUAGUGGGGUUUGGCUCCAUUAGUCUUUGUAGCCGUAUGUUGGUGAUUUACUUGGGAUGGAUCAAUAUACUCCUAAUUGACCGCUGUGAGAUUAGAUUGAUUAAACUCUUGAAGUAAUGUAUUUUCUAACGAUGACGUUUCUCUUGCAGAACAUCCAUGUGUGGAUUGGUGGCUUGUUUGUCCCAGAGGCUUAUAUCACAGCCACAAGACAGUACGUAGCACAGGCCAAUAGCUGGUCUCUGGAAGAGCUGUGCCUGGAUGUGAGUGUUACUACAUCCCUGACUGCAGUGUUGGAUGCCUACAGCUUUGGAAUCACAGGUGGGUUCAGACUUUGUGACCUGGUGCAGAGACUCAUGAAUGAGAUCUCAAAGGAAGGGGGAGUGUUAAUGUCUAAAAUCUCACCUAUUCCUUUUAUAUCUCUACUGGCGCGUAUGUAUGUCAUAAACAGAUUGUUUAAUGUGUGUUCUGUAGAAUGGAACAAAUUCAAUCCCGUUGCUGCCUGUGAAAGAUUGGACACUUACACAACAUUCAUAUCAUGAAAUGUUUUAUAAACUCAUCUCGUUGAUAUUUUAGGGUUUGAAUUGUGAAUUUUGCAUUUUUAUUUUACUUUAGGUUUGAAACUUCAAGGAGCUACAUGCACAAACAAUAAACUGGCACUGUCCAAUUCCAUCUCCACUGUGCUGCCACUGACACAGCUGAAAUGGAGCAAGCAGACCAAUGCUGAGAAGAAAGCAAACGUGGUGAGUUUACAAUCUGCUCCUAGCCUGUGGGUACAGCCACAUUCUAUUGUGACCUUGUGAGGAAUUAGAUGUAUAGAUCGUGUACAAACAGUGCUGUAAAUUGGCUUUGGCUAAAUGUUAUGGUAACAUGCAGAGUUAGUUGAUAAUGCGAUGCAAGCAAUAGCUAGAAUAUAGCUAUUGAAGCGUCAUGAUGCAUACUCAGACUUUCUGGCACAAGGAUACAUGACUGAGAGGCUUAUGGUGCAGUCUUUUACAAAACUUUUGUGUAAAAACUAUAAAGACAAUAUCAACAAAAUACAGCACUACUAUGCCAUGUCCUAAAAUAUAAAUAUUUUAUAUGAAUCUGUAAGUCUUAAUAAAACCAUGCCAUGAGAAUAAAGUGCUGGAAAAUCAUGAGGUGGUCUUCAUUAACUCCCGAAAUCAGAUGAAUAUUUUUGCAAUAUAUGCAUUCAUAUUACAUGUAAUGUUGACUCUCAAUAUAAAGCUGUGGGAAAUAUAACAUGUCUGCUCCAAGAGUUUAACUGGUAUUUUAUUUUUAAUCCAGUGUGGACUUUCACGCAAAAGCCUUCUCUAAUUGUUACUUAUUGUCAUUUACUGCAGGUGACUCUGCCAGUGUAUCUGAAUUUUACACGUGCCGAUUUGAUCUUCACGGUUGAUCUUGAAAUUGCCACCAAAGAAGGUCCUCACAGCUUCUAUGAGCGUGGCGUUGCCAUACUCAGCACAGAGUAGAUCUGCAUCUCAAGCUGUCGUACAUUUGGCUUUAAAUGCCUGUUUUGCUUAAAAUUAAGUUUAGUGGGAGCUGGUGUACAGAUUGGGGGUAAUACUGUAAGUGAAGUGCGGGAUGCAAAAUGAAGGACGUGGCAAGUUGACACAAUGGCUGAGGUGAAUGGAUUUCUAGUCGGAUAUGGGAAAGUUGUGUAAUGUGAAUGAAAGGAUAAUGAGCAGGUUAACAUGAAGAAUAAUGAACAGCUAUUAACUGCAGAAUUAGUAUUGUAGAUGUGCUGGAUAUUGUAAUGGUACUAAUUUUAAGCUAAUAAAUGUGCAUGAUCUGAACACUGGAUUGUCCUUUCUUGAAGCGAUUUGGAUAGUGAUUAGAAUGAAAGUGAGGGGGUCAAAGGCUCUAGAUCCCUGUUUUCUUGCUCAUCUGUG